CUGAACCUGAGAGAUCCUGCCGACUGUCUGACCAAUAGGGCUGCUCUUCUGGAAAGAGACGCUUCUUUUAGGCUCUUUUUACUUUUUAUUCAAGACAAACCUGGAAGUACAAAACCAGGAGGACAGACAGCACACUUUAAGGUAAGCACUGUUGGAGUUGUGUCUAUUUCGGUUUGGUUUUUCAAUGGUUUAUGGAGAGCAUGACCUGAAGUAUUUAAUCUAAUAGUACGGCUGUUUUAAUGCAGCUUAUGGAGAAUCAAACAUUAUUAAUACAUAGUCUUAUUUCUCUUGUGUGAUCUUAAGCACAUUUCAAGGCCUUCUCGUUUUAAAUACACAACAAUAAUUAUGUGAAACUACAUUUUUUAAACACUUCAAUGCGCUUUUUUACAGUAAUGGACUCUUGGAAAGAAUAUGAGUGGAAAAUUUGUCUGCACUGACAGUUGUUAACUUUCUGUUAGUCAGAGCCACUGUUUAAAAUGUUCCACAUUCAUAUUUAAUCAGCUGUGUUAUUAUUGUAGCCUGUACUCUAGGGGACAUAUCCUUUGCUUGAAUGUUUGGUAGUUCAACCCAGGAGCUGUCAGUGAGUGAUAGUUUGUGUGCAGUUGUGCCUGUGUGUGUUUGAAGGCAGCGACUUUGCAGACUUUGCAGGCCCUCUCUCCCUGAGCUCGGGGUGGGUGAGGUUGUGCUGCUGCUGUGAAACAUAGCCCAGGGGAUUAAAAAUAACAACAGCUGGUCUUCAGGACGCCAUGAGGCUCUGAGUGUCAUGCAGUGCGCGAUGCAUGUAUCUCCACAAACAGCUACACAACAUACUAUACAUCUAGAGUCAGCGUCUCCAGAGAUCAGAGCAGACCAAACAAGAAUCAGACCCUUUUUAAACUACAUGUGACCUGCUUCACACCACAAUCACACUGAGGGUGGUUUAUUAUUCUUAUCAGCCUCUGUCAUAUAAGGAUGCAUCAGGUAACAUAACUAGAUGUGCUGUAAAUAUACCCUGUGUAGUCUUGUGUACACUUAUUUUGGAUUAUGAUCCAGGAUGCCCUUGACCUCUAUGACAAAACCUCACAUCACUUCUUUAAAAAUGACCUCAGACCUGUCUUAGUCUUAAUCCGGAAAAAUAUCACAAAUGUAUGGUAUGAUUAAAUGAAUGUGUAUGUUUCAUGGCUGAUAUUAUAUUCUCCGUAGUACCUUGUUACAACAAGAAAUUUAGUGUAUUUGUUGUGUAUUCACCAUUGUGUGUGGUGGCCAUUUUCCUAUGACAUCAUGCUCAGUAUGUUAGAAGAGGGGGGGAGAUCAAAUUGAUGAUCCAGGUCACUAUGAUGCCAAAAACACAUUAAAUCUGACAAAUUUUCACGUUUUCAACACUUUUUAAAAAAAUUACUAAUAAGUCGAAAAGAUGAUGGGUUGUGGAAACCCAGAGGAACUUUUGGCCACAUUUUAAGGCAUAAACAACAUGUUUCAUAAUCCCAAAGCUAUUUUAGAGUAAAUAUCCAACCACUUUCUUAGCAACAUUACUGUUUAAAAAGCAUAAAAGGCAUAAAUGACUAGCUUUAUUACUGGCCUUUAUUCAUUAGGUCAGGUUGUUAUGACGUUUUUGUUAAGAAAUAGUCUGCUACAGAUGUGGCUGUCUGCCUAAAUGUGUGAACAUUUUGUUAUUUGUGAGGCUGUAUCAGCCUUACUCAGGGUUUUCCGGACAAUAAUUCCAAUAAAAUAACACAAAGUGUAGGAUAUGAUAAGCUGAUAUAGAUAUGACCAAUUUAGAAGAGUCUAUUUUUGGUUUGUCCCAAGGAAAGAAAACAAUGAGACUGAGAUUUGUUUUAGAUAGAUAAAUAGAUAUAACAUAGUAAACACAAAAAUAAACAACAUAAAGAGAAACUUAAAAAAAGCUGAAUUAUUUGGUAAAAAAGAAAAAAAAAUCACUCAUCACACAGUCAAAUCAAACUUGGGUCACAAUAAACAUUGUUGUUCAUUUCUGGGCUUUUCUGCUUGUUUAUUUUACCCUUAAACCUCCAGUUAGGCGUUUUUAACAUAUUUGAAACAGACUGGAAUUCAUAUUUAUGCUUUGUUACCAUAAACAAAGAAAGACAAUGCUGACAUUUUUUUGUAUCUUUAAUACCUGAAACUGGUGUAAGAGAGUAGAUGUCAGGCCAAGUAGCCAAUCACUACCCCCCCCCCACACACACACACACACACACACACACACACACACACACACACACACACUUCAUUUUUCAUAUCCACGUUAAAUGAAGCAUUUGACUGUCAAUAAUGAGAUUUCCAGUCAGAUGACACCACUUCACCAUUUAGGGGACAAAAUAAGCAAAGACCAUGGCCCACAUCCUCCCAGAAUUGCCCUAUUCUCUGUUGUUUCAGUUGUUGAUCAAUCGGGAAGUGUCUGUGCUUACAGACACAGACUAGCUGUGUCUGUAAACAGGAGAUAAAGCAGUCUUUGCGGUCCAUCAUUUGUUAACUAAGGUAGUAUUUUUUGACAAAUAAAUUUCAUCAUUCUGACUUCUGACUGUCAAAUGUAUCACUGACUGUGAAUAUUUAAUGUGUGCAGUGUAAAAUAGGGCUGUUUCUUUUGGCCGCUUGGCUAACACCUACCCUCUUACACUGGUUUCAGGUAAUAAGAGUUAUGGUAUAAAAGUCGUCAGAGGUGUUUCUGAAAAUCUUGUUUGAUUUUGGAAAAUUAAAAGGCAUAGAUAUAAAUUGAUCACAGGAGCUUUGAUAAUAAGAGCCAUUAUACCAAUACAGCCACAAAUAUGAUUCCUAUACAUUUACAUGAAUAUAUGCGAUAUGGGUUGUAAAAUGGGUUGUGCUAUACAUGUGAGAACAUGACAUAUUUCUGUUAGAGGAAAUAUUAAGCUCCAUAAUUCCAUACAUUAUGACAGAAUAGCUAUGAAACAGUUGUCAGUGGAUUUGUUAGAUUUGAUCUGCUGUCAUUUAGGGUGGAAAAAUGUGUUAUCUUUUUAGAGGACAUUAACAUCGUUCAGCAGUAAUCAGACUGAUGAGGCCGCCUGCAGUGUCUGCAGACAUGAUUCACUUUUUAAGCAGCCUUGUAAACCUAGAUUUAAACUGAUACAGAUUGGUUAAAAGCCACUAAUUAGCUAAAUCAAUUGGCCUAAUCAAUUGUGAUGACUACCUUAAACUCUUACCUUGACUUUAGAGAAAAAUGGCACUGGAGAGCUGUGACUUAUGGAACUUUAUAGUCCUAAUUUGAUCCAGUUGCACAUACUCAUCAGGGUUUAAAUCCAAUGUGAGACUAUCAGUCAGAUGGAUUAUUAAAAACUCCCCUGAGGCGCUCUAAGAUGGUUACAAAUAGACUGAAAUUCAUACUGAUGUCUAUUUAUGUACUUCAGAAGCAAACUAGACUAUAGGCUAAAUAAAAAGGUUGACGAUUUCAAUAGGGUAUGUUUAAUCCCUGAAACCUCUGUUGGGAGGUAGAUUUCAAUAUGUGCUAAACAGCGUGCUGCCAAAAGGCCUGUAUUUACAAAGAAUAUCAAUAAUACAUGCGGGUAUCACGGUAUCAUAAAGCAGGAGGAGUAAAAAACAUGGCUUACACAUGAACAUGACAAAAUCAGUAAAAAGAAAGAAAGAUUCAGUAAGAAAUGAGGUGUACCUCUUUGUCCACAGGGGGCACCAGAAUCAACUCAAACUGCAGAUUGAAAUUAAAAAUGAAAUAUUUAAACGCCUUUCGCUUUUAUAGAGCUGUUGCAAUUUACUGCUAGCGACAAUAACUUUCUUUAAAAAAAAAAAAAAAGAACAAUAGAAUACUGUCAUAAUAGUAGUUCUUUACAUUGCAUUGGCUGUUAUACCUCAUGAAACAGAGGACAGAAAAAGUAGCAGACUGCUAACUGAAAUAGCUUUCUGAGGUAUAAUUAGACACUUGUAACAUAUUUAUUGAUGCUUUUAUCAUUUAUUAUUGAUCGACUGUGACUCUAAAAAAACUCUGGGCCUUUUGCUUUUUCAGGUUCAUAAUUAACUCAGGACUUAUAUUUGCUGAUCAUUCUUUAUAACUUACAUCUACCAGCGGGAGUGUACUUCAAAACAAAAGUUUUACAAUGGAGGAUAUUAUGCAACAGAAAAUUUUUAAGAUAAAAGCAACAAAAAAUCGUUUGAGGUUUUGUCACAGAUGGCAGAAAUUGAACUGAGGGCAGUUUUCCUAUAAUCAUUUGGAAAAAAAAAAAAAAAACUCAGACAUGAUAAGUUCCUUGAAAAAGCAACAACUGGAUCUCAGUGUCAUGACGUAUUUUCAGCUGUGAUUCCCCAACUUGCUGUAAAACAUGUGAAGUAGCCACAGUAAUGAACAGAGUGAUGGGUUAAACUGUCCUGUCAGACAGAGCGGGUAAGAAAUGCCAGUCAUGUUCAGUGUGACCUCAGAGAAGGCUUCUGCUAAUACCCACCAGCUGUGUCCAGACAGCAGUGGCCUGAGUCACGCAGCCAGCGAUGGUUUCCAGAGCACAUAAGCCGGCAUUGUGGGGUCUAUAUUUGAACUUUGACUCCUUCUUCUUCUAAUGAUAGAGAUCUCAUGUAGGCUCUACACUCUGCUGCUGUCUGCACUGUGUAAACUGCUGCUUAAUGACAGCUAAUGUGUAUUUCAGGAUGCAGGACGGGAGUUGGAAUCAGCCACUCCCCAUCUCUCUGCUGCUGAAGGACCCGGCAGGAGGCGGGACUUUGGAGGGCGAUGGUGGGGUGUUUUCUGAGGCAUCCUCUGACGGGGAACUAUACCUGGACUCAACGACAGAGCUGGAUUCUGGAGAUGGGAACUUUGCUGAUCUUACUGCUUUCUUGAGUGCAGAUGAGAUCAAUCGUAGUCUGGACCUGGCCCGGGAGGCCUUUGGUGAAUCUGAAGAUCCAGGCCCCUCUAAUCCUAUACCCCAGGAGCAGGCUCUCCAAUAUGUUCCUUCAUUACCUGUACCUCCCCUGACUACUCAAAACCUGAACAAAAGCCCAAACUUGCAGCACAAGACCAAAGCCCCUUGCCCAGAUGAAACUGCAGCAGUAGAUGUCUCCUCCAGCCAGAACAUCCCUCUCAGCAAACCUGUUCAGGUGUUCAGUGAGGCUCCUCCCUCUGCUGAGAAGGUUGUCUGCCACAAACCAAUCCAUCCAGUGUAUAAACAGGAUAAACCAAGGCUGGUUCAUGAAGGCCUGGAGCUGACCGAUCGUGCAGCCUCAGCCUCAGAGUUCUGCAGCAGAGCAGCCACGUUCAUCGAGGAGCUGUCAUCCAUCUUCAAAGGCGCUGCUCAGGUGGAGCCGCCAGUAGAGGAGGACUCCUCCUCUCCUGAUAGUGGCUAUCUGACUCCAAGGAGCCAGCGACCUGCCCCCCAGGGCUCAGUUUCUGUACCUCCUCUGCCCCCCACCCAAACAGAGGACACACAGUUUAGCCAUCCAGCUGUGCCUGUGGAGCCUCAGCCUGUGGGCACCACAGAGCCCACUUCUGCAGGGUACCAAAACUCUGGAGCUUCCAGCAGAGAUGGGCUGCUGUCUCCUCCCUGUUUUCUCCAGAAGUUGAAGAGUCAGGAGGUGGCAGAGGGGACCCCCAUCCGUUUGGAGUGCAGAGUCAGAGGGAACCCCCAGCCUCUUGUCAGGUAAGCUUCAGUCUCACCUUUUUGCCCAUGAAGCAGCUGUUCUGAGGCUUUCACAGGUCUCACUUUUUGAAUCAUAUACUUCUGCAGAUGAUGCCUGCCCAGUUUGAGUGGAACUGAAGGUUCUUAUUUUCAUUUUCUUGCAUAACAAAAACUUCUGGUAUUUUUUUGAUGACAUGAUUUGACUUGAAAUGUGUGGCUUUGCUGUUGAGAUUAGAUUCGACAACGACUGGCUACAGUGCAGUAGAAUGUAAAAUGAUUUGAUACCGUUAGAUGAGAUGUGAUUUAAUGUGAUAUGAUACAAUGCAGUCAGAAACAAUAAGAUAUGAUAGCAUGAAAAAUAUGCAAUACGAUAUAUUUCAGUCAAGAUUUAAACAAUAACAUAUCAUGGGGUUUCAUGUGAUACAUCAUGGUACAAAAUGAUGCUUCAGUACAGCCAAUUGUGUGGAAUCGUGCAGUAUCAUUGAUUGAAAUAUAAUGCAUGUGUUCAAACUGCUGUAUAACAUGAUAAGCUAUGAUAGCUGCAAAUGGUACAACACAAUGCAGUUUAAUACAAUAUGUUAUAAUACCACACCGAUACAUUACCUUACACUGAUACGUGUAAUAAAGCAUAAUGUGUAAUGUACGCUACACUACGAUAAGCCGAUACACAAUACAGUAUGCUACAGUAUAUUAAAGUUUGGUUCAAUACAAUAUAAAAAUUUUUAAUACAAUCUAACACGGUGCAGUAUGACACAAAACAAUAUGAUACGAUACAAUACAGCCUGAUACAUCACAAUAUGUUAUGAUGGGAGCUUAUAUGAUACAGUAAGACACAAUAAGAUUUGACCCAAAGUAUGUUUUCAAAUCUAGUUAAUUUUUAGAAACUUCAGUUGGAAAUCUGUGUCCCACUUGAGGUUAACUAAGCAGACGUUGGCGUUUCUCAUUGUAGUUUAUAAAUAUUUCUCUAUGAAUCACAAUUACAGCUCCGGUUUCAAUGCUCUGUGAACCACUAAACAGCAGUAUUCUACUCUGUACAUAGGAGGAGGAGAGCUCACAUUGAAUAUUAGAAAUUAAAUUCUUAAAGGAAACUUUUUUUUUGUAUUUUUAGCCAAACACUUUUCCAAGAGCUGGUGUUCAAAGUCUUACCUGCUGAGGUGAAAUGAUAGGCCAUGUGAUAUUACUGUUGACCUCUGUACUUAUAUUCAGAGUUUCAACAUACUGUAUGAACAUGAUCCGAGAAUGCACUGACGUACAGUAACAGACCUCUAUCACAGUCACGUGUCAGUGAUGUCGACCAGAGCAGACAUCAGGACUUGGCCUUGUCCAGGCUUUAGAGAUAAAGUGAGACAGCCAGGAGGUGAGAGUUAUCUGUGUUGUUGACAAGCAGAGCACCUGGUUUCAGGUUUGAGGGGAUUUCCACUCUGCAUAAGCACAUUUGUCCUCUGAUACCUGUGCCAGUUAAAGCAAGGAGCCUGCCUCAUUCUUGCUCCUGGUUAUUUGCACCAGUUCUCCAGCAAACUAAAAAUACACUCCUCUCUUCUUUCUAGAUGUGUGAACCUCACAGCUCAGUUGACAUGCUUGUUGUUUACUAUAGGGACAUAUCAGUUCUAAUUAAAGGUACAAUCUGUUUGAAUUUCAUGAUGUGUUUAUGCUCUCUGCAGGUUAUAUCUGUCCUACCUGGUAGUCGAGCUUUUUCUGGCUGAAUUUCAGUCGCUAUAUCACUUCCUAAUCAAACACUUUGAAUAUCUUCAUUAAAGUUUUGUUUGGUUUAUUUUUCUUGAGUAGCUAUAAACAUCUUCUCGUUGCCUUUCUGCAAUCAAAAUGCACCAAUGUGUAAAGCAUAAAAAUUUAGACACCUUCUGCAUCAAUUUAGACACAUCCAAUUUAACUCAAGCCUGAUAUCUUUGUUUCUUUUGUGACUUUACCUAAUUUUGAACUUCCCCACCUUCACUUGCAUGUGUUUUUACUGCGCUUGUCUUUGUGGAGCCUUCAGAAGGUUCUCUACCUUGUUGUUUUCAGGUGUUUUUAGGUGUUUGUGUAAUCAGAUGACAUACAGUCAGGGGCUCAGGACCUGUAUCUCCCCAGCAGCCUAUAAGGGGGGCCUCCUCUGCGGCUGUAUAAAUAGUCUUCAGGCCAACAGGAGCCAGGCACAGGAAUGCAGGCAAUGCAAUGACAAGGCGCUUUCAGUCACCAGGCUCCACAUCUCCCCACACCUUCUUGGGGAAUAUGAAGGAAGUGUGUAACACGUUUAACGACAGAGAAACGGGAGAGCUGGAUUCUGUAGCCAUACCGGAAUUAUAUAACAGAGAAAAUGAACAGAAGCAGAGAGAAUACAGGGGAAGAGUAAAACAAAAAAAAACAUUUUUCUUAUGAUUAAAGUGAAAAAGCGGAGUUUAUACAAAGGAAUGUUUUGGAGAUCUAAAGUUUGUCUGUAUUAUUGUUUCUUGAGUGGGACAAAGGUGAUGAAUUCUUGGGUUGAUGAGGAUUAAUUAAUUCAACCACAUAGUUUUUUACACAUGGUAAUUAAAAAUAGGAUCAAUAAUGAGGCUUUUUAUGGGGUGUUAGCUACAUUUUCUCGGUGAACAAGAGCGUUUUAUUCUAUAACAAAGCUGAAUUCAAGUAAAUACUUGUGGAUAACUCAUUCUGCAUUACAAACUAACCGAGCACACAAAUCCUGAGUUAUCUUGAUGCAGUGACAAUGAAAUACUGGAUAAUUACUUUAUUCAAAAGGUCAUAAAUAGAUGAGUAAUGUUGCUUGUCCCAUUAAGUCAUAAUUUUUAUUAUAUAGACAUGCAAAGAGCAGUGUGUGUGUGUGUGCGUCCAGGGAGAGGGCCUCCUCCACUCUGUGCUGACUAUCAAUCUCAGACACUAGAUGGCAGCACAUUAUAUGUUUUUAAUAACAAAACUGACAGUCCUCUAAAAUCACCUAUUUUAAGUUUAAGAGAUGGUUACAAAGCAAGAUAUUAAAAAUGCAGUUAAAAAACAGGAUCAUCUUUUGAUCUCCUAUCAGUCCAGGGUCAGUUCUUUCUGUUUCAUAAAACAUGACAAUCACAUUAAGUUUUAUCUUAUAUCUUUUUGUUUAUCUUUGUAACCCAACAGCCCUGAAAUUAUUAGAUUUUUACCUCAUAUAUACACCUUUCUAAAAUGUAAACUUGCAGGAAUUCAGGAGCUUUUGCCAGAUCUGCACAUACUUCAAAAUAAGUAAUAAGACAUGGAAACUCUAUGGAGGACAUUGCUGUGAUUUCUGAUAUUUGACUGUCUUCUACAUACUAAAGCAUGAUUACAACAGAGAAAUACCAAGUUUGAGUCUGUUCAAAGAUAAACUUUGCACUUAUCUGCACAAGUUUCUUGACUGGAGACUGUCCCUUACAUAAAGCAAUGUAAACCUAUUGUGUGAUUCUGCAUAUUCAGAGUUUCUGUAUCCGAGAUAUGUCUCUUCUUUCUCGUACACAUCACUUUGGUAGGUAUUUUGUUUUACUGUACAGCCUACACAAUCCCUCGGCGUGUGUUUUGUGCGACUUUUAUGGCGUGUGUCUGACAUAAUUUGACUUUGUCUUUUCAGAUAAAACUUUCGCAGGUCCCUGUUGAAAGGAUGAUUGUGAUGUCUGCAGGAUUUGUAGUUAGGGAAGAAAAGGACUGAAUAAAGUUGAUCAAAUAUGGAUCAAAUUUCAUUUAAAGUCGCAUUUUGAUCAUGUUUCACUGUUUAUCAUCAAAGUAGUCUUAUUUAGUCUAUGAGAGUAGUAUAACUUGAGAUCGCAAGCUGCAGGUUCUUAGAUCACUGUAGCUUUUGCUCACCUUUUUGUCUGAUUCUCUCUUCCCAAACAAGUAUUUGUUUGAUGUUUUCAUGAUAUUAGCUUCAAUGGUCUGCACUUUUUAUGCUCAGCCAGUCCAGUCAGGUGACCCACCUCCCCAUCUCUCACUUCCUCGUUCUCUCAGGCUAAUGAGUUUGAGCUGAGCUGCUGCCAGCGUUUUGCACGGCCGGCUGAAAAGACAUUCCUGGUGUUUUGGUGCAGGGAGCGGCCUUCAGUGGUCAGCCACAAUUUGUCUCGGCCGGAGAGUCUUAACGGUGCUGAGUGCAGGGUAUUCUUCACUAUGUUCUCAUGCUCCCCACACACUAUGUUUUAUGCAAUACUCAUUUUAUAAUGAUGCAGCUCUGGUAUUUGACUGCGUGUGUAUUACAUCCUUGUGGGAAACACUUAGUGCAUUUUUGCAGUCUGAGAUCAUUUUGGCCUUUUUUAUUUUUUUACUUCUUCUAGAGGCUAGUUAGGGGAUGAGGAUAGAUGUUGGUAUUUUUAAGGUUUAUGCAAGCUGUGUGUGUUUGUGUGUUUGAGUUGUUAAAGAGAGCAUUUGUAAACAAAAUUGAUGGUGUGAGGUCAGGUUGUGCAGAACUCUACGCACAAUGCGGGUUCCUGAUGACUGAUUUCUCACUAUUUAAAUGCAUUGAAAAGCAGACGGAAAAUCCACCUCCGAUUGUGGCGUGCUCAGUGUGCUAUUUUAGAUGCUUUGUCUGAUGCUGUUCCAUGUUAUUACCCCGCUAACUGCCUGUUGUGCAAAUUUAAGCACAAGCAUUUCAAAAGCUGAGCUGCAGUUAAAUGAAAAAGACGGGCAGGCAGCAACCUAGACUCCUUGGUUUAAAGCAAAUGCACAAAACCACAGGGGAAAUUUUGGAAAAUAAGAGGUUGCCAGUCAAAUUUGCUUGAAAAUCCACACAAGGCGGUGCCUCCAACAUCAAGAGGAGACGACAUUCCUUACAUUGAUGAUGGAAUUUGUUGCCAAAUAUACAGUAUGCUAUCCAGUGAGACUCCAGACAAAUGCACAUACACAGAGGUAAAGUCCCUCCUCUUAUAAAAUACAGGAGGCUGCUAAACAGGCCUCAUGCAUGCUCCAGUCCAGGAACCAAAACCACUUUAUAAAAUUAGACCACUAUUUGCAUGUUCACAGACAGAAAGGCAAACUGAGUCCAAUUCAGGGGCUUCAGUUUGAUGCUUUUGGAAUAUCUUGUAGCUCUACAUCUAUAAGGUUCAGUCUAUUGUUGCUCUUACAUGGAAAACACCCCAGAGCCUUGCAUGGACAUCAUAAUUCUUAUUUCUGUGCAUAGGUGUUCUUUUCAUGGCAGUGUUUAUUUAGGUUAAGAUAAGGAUGUUAUAAUGAUUAUUUUUCAAAGAUAUUUUGAGGCCUUUUCAUGCCAUUAUAAAUAGGACGGUUAAAAAAGGCAGGAUAUGUUUGAGGGAGGACUACAACCUCUGACCACUGAAAUAAACCAGGACCCUAAAAAUGUUAGAAAAUUUGCACUUGACCUUCAAUAAAACUAUAUCAAUCUCUGUCUUGACUCUUUGUCAAAGGACAGAAGUUAUCAGCCACAAUGUUGGCAGUGAACUGGUUGAACACUGGUCUAGUUGCCAUAUGAUAUAACCACAGAUGUUUUCUCUAGUGAGUCUGAGAUACAGGGGGUGCGCAAAGUAGACACAAAUCUCUGAAAGGCCUAGCAGCUCAAUCUUCAAUAAUUUGCAGAUCUGCAAAUGCAGCCCACAUCUAUAUGUGUAAACACAACCUAUUGGAAUUAUAUAAAGCUGUGCCCAAGUGAAGCAUCACAACAUUAGCUCUACUCUUAUUAUGUGAUUCUUGAUUGGUAAUAAUUCUUAUACUUGCCAUGUAUUUGUGAAAAGCUAUAGAUAAAGUCAUAUUAGCUACAUUUAGUGCAAACAAGUUAUCAACCUUUGCCAAUGCACCGGUAAUAAUGAUUCUACUUCCUAGCAAUUUCAACCAAUUGUCACCAUACACAAUUUUUAUAUUGAUUUAUUGAUAUAUAAAUACUAUUUGUAAUUAAAUUCCACAUGUUGUGUUGGUGUUUGGAGUUUGGUAGCAGUUUUAGUUUACUUGUCAACUUCUGAGACAUCACUUUAGCUUCUACACUUCAGGAUAAGUUGAAGAUGUUUUUUUGACCUACAUAAGCAGCCUGUCAUUGCAGAAGUAGUGUGCACUUCCAGUUAGCGGUAGCCUUUCCUCCGACAUUGUGUGAAACAGACUCAGUAUGAGGUCAUAGCAGGUGACCUGCUGCUGACUCAUGACGCAGCCUGACUGUAAUGCUGACUGUUUGGCCUGUUUCAGGAAGGCAGUAAUUUUAAAUUCUCCCUCAUGGGCUCAUUUGAUCUCUGUAGGAGGAGGGAAAGGGAAAAGCAGAGGUAUUUUUAUACCUUUUUUCCCAAUGUUACAGGCAUGAUGUCAUUUCAUAUUUAACCUCCAAAUAACGAGCAAACCUGCAGGGACCGUGGGGGUGCUCUGCACUCAUGCUCAAAAUUAAAACUAUAUGGAGGCUGUUUGCCAGAAGCUUCACAUUCCUGAAAAGUGAAAACAUUUCAAAGGGAGGAACUUAAACUACCAAUACUCCACUGGCACAGAGUGGAGAGUUUGCAGGUUGAUGUGAGGUAGUCAGUUUGACGUAUUACUUAGCUCUCACCAUGCUGAUAACUGAUCUGUGUCUAUGAAUGUGUGUGUUAUAAGUGGACAAAGAUGUGUUUAAGGACGGACUUCUUCUAUGCUUGUUCACCUCAGGCUGCCGAAGUUUUCCCAGAGCUCACUGAACUAGACAAAACAACUUUAAAAGUAAUCUAUAUUCCCUCUGAACAGGCGAUACACCGUCCCAUAACCCACACACCCACUGUGAUUAUAGACUAUACACUUGAACAUAUCAGGAAGUCUGCAGUAAAACAUCUAGAUGGACACACGUCAGAGUUAUUCCUCAGUGGUACGUUAAUGGUAGACGUGACGAAUGGUCCCGUUCUGUUUAAGCCUUAGUAGAGGCCCCUGGCACUCCACAGGCAUGGAGGCAUGGUGUGAAGUUUCACCCAACAAGGUGAGACUUUUCCUGCUUCGCUCUCAGCCUCAGGGUCUAAAGCCUCCCAACUCGGAGCCCUUAUCACACUCAAGACUACAGUUUCCGCUCAUUAAUUUGGCUUGUCAAAAAAAACAAACAAAAAAAACGGUUUGGUAUUUUGCAUGUGGAACAUUUUUUAAACACACAUGCAUGUAAAAGUAACUGGUGGGUCUUAAUGGUUGAAAACUGGUCCAACCAAAGACCUCUGCCUGCAGCUGAAACUUGGCUACAGUGGCUGCACUAUAACAGGAUAUCUGCAAGCUCAGAGGGUAUAUCCACUUAAAGUUUUAGUUGGCAACAUCACAUGAGUUUUUUGCAGACACAGACCUUUACUAAAUAUACACAUUACUCCCUUACAUGCUAUCUGACUACAGAUUAUGGAUUUAACUAAUCCAUUACUGCCUACAUUUAUUUUAAUGAUUGUUUUAUUUUGCAACUUUGGUGAUUUCAGUGGCUCCCGAGGAUGAAGCAGAUUUAUUUUUUACACAAAAAACUAGCUGAUCGAUAAAGCAUAAAAGUUUUAAGGUUUAGAGAUGGUUGAUUCCCCUAUAAGUACUACUUUUACACCAUGCAUUAUAUUUGCAGCUGCUUAUUAAGAGAUAAUAUCUGUCCUUACAAUGGUAGCUUUAUGUUUGGAUUUACGCAGCUGAAAAGGAUUCUGGGUCCUGGAGUUAGUGCCAUGUUGAAAUCAUAUUAAGUAGCCAGCUCAAGGGUUUAUGUUGUACACCGUGACAAAGGAUUUACCACUUUUUAGUUCCUUCAAAAUGUAUUAAAUCGUUGUUUGGACUCCUAAGGAAUACUUGAAUCUGCCUGCAGCACAUCACUAACCUAGAUAGAGUCUAAAAACUAGAACAGAGAUUAACAGCCAGACAAGACAGAAUUGAACAGAAGAGAGUGGGAGAAGAGGGAAAUGAGAUGAGAUUUGUGGGGAGUUAUAUAAGUGGAUCAGUGACAGUUGAAGAAGUGGAAUACCAGAUUUAAUAUGAGGCAUGUCUGUUGUGGACAAAGGCGGCAGUCAUGCACAGUAGGAGGACGGUAAUCCAAGACAAGUUCAACAGCAGGAUGUGCAGAGAAGGUCUAUAAAUCUUUAGUCUGUACCAAAGCCACUUCUCCACACAGUGUCAGCAGCUCCUGCUUGACCUCAUUGGUAAACACGCUCACACUUCACCAUCACCAUUAAGAACUUCAGUAAGUCUCACACGGUCAGUGACACAUACAUUCAGUCACUUUACAUCCGCUCAAAUUACCUGGGCCUCACAACAAAUACAGGACCGAAAUCUUUGUCAUUUCAAGAAGGAGGAAGUGAAAACGUUGGUCUGGGUCAGAUGAGUUUAAAAGAGACUCAUUAUUUUUACCUUUCAUUAUGGAAUUCUGGGACACCUAGAGAGUCGUUUUGCAUGACCUGCAGCUCAAAGAGCACCUUAUUUAUCUUACAGUGGCACCUGUGAAUACCCUCAUUUCAGCACUCCACUUGAAAUGCUUUACUUUUUACACAGCUUUGCAGUCCUGAAACAACCUAAAAGUGAUGCCUUCACAGAAAAUGUCUAUGGCUAGCCUUUUGAUGCUACCCAUCAGAUGUUGUUGUUACAUUAGCUCAUACUUACAGACGAGUAACUCCAUUGUCCUGUUUUAGUUAAUGUGUGUUUCAGAACCUAAUAAGAAGCAUUGUUUUCAGGGUUAGACAGGCCCACCUCUUUUUCUCUGUACCCAUCUACACAAGGAUUGCAGCCUUACAGCCUUUUCCACAGCAGAUGGUUGGACCAACCUUUCAGAGUAAUUCUAGACUCUUUUGUCUUUUCAAAGACACUGAACUCCAUUGACAAAAUUGUAAUUUACUUUGGAGAACAUAAAGCUGCUGGUCUGCAGCCCCAGUACGCUGUCUUGUCUCACUAUGUGACAUGUUUCACAUGGUAAGGCCAGAUUUAGAUUUAUUUUUUAAAUGCUUCAUGUUUUUCAGUCAAUGCAUCAAAGCCAAUAGAUUGAGGUAGAAAUAUCACAGCACCUCGUUUUUUCUCUAAGCUGGCAGGUCUGCUUUUACAGAGAAUCUAGUUGUUGUGAACAGAGCUCCACUAAAGCUUUCUCUGGCUUCAAAAAGAUUUUUUAUUUGAACAAAAAGGUGUGUCUUUGUUUUUAUAACACUGUCAAACACUUGAAAUUACUGCUUCUUAGUGGCCCAAAAUAAUUGUUGCAACUCUACUUUUUUCUACUGCUACUUUUCUUUAUGAAGUGAGAUCAUCAAGAAAAAUCAUCCCCUUACUGCCAGCAGAAGACAUAUCUUGGGAAUUUACAAAGACUUUUGGCUUUAGGCCUCUACACAUGUAUAAAAUAGGAUCAUGGUCUAAAAGUAUCAGAAUUACCUUCUAAGGGUGGAGAUGUUGAGCACCAAAAUGAUCAGAUACUUUGCAAACUGGAUGCACAUUUGCCUGUCCUGAACUCAGCAGACCCUGUAAUUCUGCUGUGUUAAGGACUGAAAAUGACGAGAAAUUACUGUAAACUACUGCCAGCAUAAUACUAGAGGAGAUAAACGGCUUUACAGGCAGCAGGCUGAAGUCAGGGAUUGAACUCUGUGACUUCUCCUCCACACACUGAAUUUAUAGACCAAAAUCUGGGCUCUGAUCAGACACACAAUAGCCAGACAUACUGCAUCAUUCUCCGUAAAACUGAAUCCUGCAGACCUCCCACUCAAACCGUUUCUUCCUUGACAUCAGGAGAGUCAGCACGGAGGUAAAAAGAGGACAUGGAGGGAUAUUUAAUUCAAGUGAUAUGCGAAAAACAAAUACGGAGAGUCUGAGGAAUAAAGAUGGAUAUCUUGAGUCUCUUUGCAGGACAGUUUAAUAUUCACACAGCUGUUAUCUUGUCACAUGGACAUGGGAAGGAAGAGCUGAGCUUGUUUUUAUGAGUCCCAUUUGACCUCUUGUCUGCUUGUAAAACAAGAAUCCCCACACAGACUCAGCAGGAUACAUGUUGAGCAUUUUACAGGUUUUUAUGAUAAGUUAGGUAGGCUGCAUUUCAAACUGGACCUUUUUUUGUUCAUAUUUUGGGUCUAAUACACUAAAUGUUAAGAAGUUUUGGAUUGCAGCCAUUGUUUUCUUUCGAUUAUGAGCUGAUAAACAUGCUGUAAUCCCUGGAGGCAAAUGUGCCCAAGGAAAGUAUGUCCUCUAAAAGUGUUUGUCCAUGCCACCGAGAGGCUCGGAUUGCUAUUUUAUGUGUCAGCAAACAUAACAGAAAAGAUCCCUCUCAAGAUACACUUUGAGAUAAAGAGUGAAUUGCAUUUUUAAACUAAUCAUGGCAGUCACAUGGCUUUUCACAGUGCUGGAGUUGGUGAUCAAUGCUGAUCUGUUUAUAGUAAAAUAUACUUGUUCAUAGUACAUGUGGUAUUUGUUUGAGGUUUAACAAUUAAAUGUUUUUUCUUCCUGCUUUCGGUCUUUGUGUGUCUUUGCAUCAUUUCUGUUAAUCCAGCACAUUUGCUGUUUAUGCAGUUGUUUCAUUUUUUUACAGCAUCUCUAUUCUUUUGCAGCAUGUUUCCACCUUUGUGUUUGUUUUUGACUGUGAAUGUGUGUUUUUGAAUUCGUGUCAUUUGCUGCACGUUUCUCCUGAUGAGGCCCAUUCAGGCUAUUGCACAUUGUUAGCCUUUGUCGGAUCUGACACGUUAGGCCUUAAAGAGCUGACACACUCAAGUGAGCAAAAUAAACUCUAAUAGACAACGAAUUCCCUUGUGCUGCAAGGUGAACUAGCUGAAAGUGACGUCACUGCUGUUUCUGGGUUCAAAAAUAGCACCUUAAUCCUUUGUAUGAAGGCCCCUUUGUGCAGGAAUUUUUUCCAUAUUGUUGCCAGACACCUUGAUUUAGAGGACAUAUUUUGAUCUAUCAUGUUUGCCUUUAAGGAUUACUUUCCAGCAGUAAAAGCUUGUUUGACAGCUGGUGGAAGUAGUAAUGACAAUCUGCUUUCAUUACUGCAAAAGUAUACUAUAAGUAAAGCCCAGGUAACAAAACAUGAGAGAAGUCCACCGGGCAUUUGUUGCUAUGUCAGUGCAGACAGAAACUCUCAGGACACACAACAGCACACGGUGAAUUCCUCCACUCUAAUAUUUUCUAAGAUUUAUAAUUGAAUUGGGCUUGACAUCAAACACAUUUCUUUGGCAGUCACACAGGAAUCCAACGUCCAGGAAAAAUAACAGCCCAAAAAUAUCUCAUCAAAAGGCAGAUUACUGUAAGCUGGAUCUAAUGGCCAUGCCUUAUCAGGCAUGAUGAAUAGCAGAGAGUCAUUUAACAGGUGAACAGAGGAAUGUAACCCGGUGCUUACUGUUCACAGCCCAGCUGUGGAGCAGACCCCGAGGCCCCGAUGACUCAAAAUUACAAACCUUUACAGUGAGACACGCAGACUCGGAGUGUCUCUGAGGAGAACUGGAGGCCUCGCUAUGAGGAAUGUUCUAGAUUCAAUAUUUUAUUGUGAAAUUUGUAGGGCUGUAAUCAACCAAAGAAAUUCUUGGUUGACUGAAACCCUAAAAUGGGGGGGCAACGCGGCUCGGCGGAGAGUGGCUCGGCAGGGUGAUAAUAUACUGAUAUCAGCACAAGAAGGCAGUUAAACACAAAAGGCAAGUUGAAACAGUCAAAAUAAAAAUAAAUAGUCAGCAAAACCACCUGACAGUUGAUUAACGUGGACGAUCUUCAAUCUUAAUGUCUCCAGCUGGUCUCCAGUAGUGGUGUGUCGGUCUUGAACGAACGGAUCAAAAGAACUAGUUCUUUUUGAUGAACGAAAUGAACUAGUUCUCCCCCCCUAAAUGACCCGUUCAAUCCGUUCAGUUCUUUUGAUUGGCUGAAGAGGGACUGCUUGCCUGUCUUAUCCUAUCGUUGCGCCUCGUUCUGUGUGUGGGUGGGGCUUAGAGAAGCAGCAGCAGUACUACUGAGCUGAUUGAAAGACCGGAAUGACCGAGUUGACUGAAAGAACGGGUCAAAUGAACGAAAGACCUAGUUGACUGAAAGAACGGGUCAAAUGAACGAAAGACCGAGUUGAACGAAAAACCCAGACUGAUGAACGAGUUGAACGAAAGACCGAGUGAACGAAAGAUCCAGACGGAUGAACGAGUUGAACGGAAGACCGAGUGAACGAAAGAUCCAGACGGAUGAACGAGUUGAACGAAAGACCGAAUGACCGAAAUGACCGAAAAGAACGAAAUGAACGGGUCUUUUUACUGAACGACCCGAAAUGAUCCGGUUCUUUGAAAUGACCGGUUUUGCCCACCACUAGUCUCCAGUGAGUUGGGUGAAUCCAAAAUGGUGAAAAAAAGGGGGGUGUUCUGAGACAGGCUGUUACCUGUCAAAUGCUCUUAAAACACCCCCAUUAGCACAAGGUACGUUCCCCCUGAUGAUAUUAACCAUAGACUGUAAAUUGAUGCGAAAAAAAAUCAAGUCGACCGAUCAGAAUUUUGGUUGACUCAGCACAUAUCGACUAAUAAGUUGGCCAGUCAAUUACUACUUUCCAGCCCUAGAAAUUUGUAUUAAUUUUACAUGUAUGGAAAAAGAUCAUUUUAUAGUCAUGAAGUUGCUCAGUAUAAUGAAUGAUAGAAAUAAGAACUUUGGAAGAAGUGAAAGUGCAGUAGAUGGAAAUAACCAUAUGCCUGUGAUUGCAAAAAAACAUUAUGCCAUUCAGUAUUGGGAUAAACUUACACAUUGGACUCCAAAACGGUGUAAUAUUGAUAUCCCAGAUGGUUUUUUUUUUAAUAUAAAAUAGGAACUGCCAGUGGGCAUAGGCCCUUGUCCUUUUAGGAAAAGGUCCACAAAUGAAGGGAUCCUCUCCAUUAUAUGAAAGAAAUUCAAAAUAACAGUCUGUGCAAGUUUGUGUCGUUGACAGAUAUUCUUGGAAUAAAUACCUUGGUUGGGGACAUUUGCAGACAGGAGUUACUUUGCAAUCUUCAAUGCUAUGUCCUGGCUGACCUUUGGAACGACAUACUGAAGCAUUUCCCAAGCUUUCUCGCUAUUUGUCAUCCAAAUGCUAAAAUAUUUCAGGGCUAAGGUCAGAAAAUAUCUCAGACUGGUUUAAGAAAAGAAAAUAUUUACUGGUUCUGAUUUUGGGUUUGGGAUUACAUACAGUACUUGCCACACAACAGGAAAGGUGGUCUGCUUGUCAUGCAAGUGGAAACUUCAUAGGCUUAUAUGUUUGCAUGUUUGAGGGAAGUUUGUGGGUUGACUGAAGGGGGAUCAUGCAUUUUUCUCUCAGUUUUAUUUACUUGAACCUACAGGUGGCCAGAAGUGGGCCGCUGCUUGUGUAUUAAGUCUGAAGUCUCACCUGGCUUGCUAACAGGACGUCAAACAAAAGACGCUGAGAAACCAAAAAAUGUGACCACAGAUUUGCUCUCUGUGGUGCAGCAGCUAUUGCAUUAACUCCAUCUAAUUUGUUGUUCCCGGAAAGUUAUGAUACAUACCUAAAAUUAGCGCUGACACAGACUGUUAUGUGGUCUGUCUCUGGCUGUAAUUAGUCAGUGGCGGAAAGAUCGAUGAUUGUGGUUGUGAAAGAAGUUCAAAAUUUGUAAAUUUGAUGAUUUUUGAGGCACAAAAUCUGAUGUAAACAUCCUCAAACACUGCAAGUAUGAGUAUACAUACAGCAGUUUGCAUGUUUGGGGAGAGAUUUUGGCUGAAUUUGGGCCCAACAUUCCUCCAGAAAAAAACCCCAUCCCACACAAGUCAGAAUUAUGAUAGUCAUACCCACAGAGAGUUUUGACAAAAUUUGGCAAGACAUCUGAUCUUGUUUUCCAGCUGUCCUGUCCUUUAAGAGGAGGUUUCAUUUACUUCACAUGGCUGAUAUGUUUAAUUUAGAGCUCUUCUGAAUGUUGCUUUUGUUGGUUUCAUGCUGGAUUUAUUUGACAGUUUGGGAGGAUAUAUUGCUCUUACAGUAUGACAUCAUGAGAGGACAUAGUCUCUGUUUUUGUUAGUGUCAUUUGGUCUCCUUGGAGCGAAAACAAAGGUUGUCCUGACAACAUGCUCCCACUUUUUGUGAUGUCAACUGACCCUUGAAAGACCUUUUUUUUUAACAGUGAAAUAUUGUACCGUGGAAGUGGGUGUCUGAUUAAAUACACAUGAAUGUUUGGUUGCCUGCAGUGGGAAACUUCUGCACCAGUGUGUGUGUGUGUGUGUGUGUGUGUGUGUGUGUGUGUGUGUGUGUGUGUGUGUGUGUGUGUGUGUGUGUGUGUGUAACUGUAUGUGCUGCUCUGAGUGCAUGUGCACCUGUUUUUGUGCUAAUACACCCAGCAUGUUGCUUAGAGAGGAAUCUCUUUAUUCUUGUUGACUCAUAUUUUGGUUUCCAUCAGCACAUGUCCCUCAUUUCUGGUUUUUAAUUUCUUCUCCCCAGGAGGUCGUGGAGCAGACAAAGCAGCCACGGCUGUUGUCAGUCAUUCAGUAAUUAAUGGGAACAUCCAGAGACUGUAAAAGACCUUUCUCUUGUUAUCCAGUGUUUUAUAGCCACUUAGGGGAAGUACAGCGCUUCUCAUGAUGUUAUCGCCGCAAAUGGGAGUGACUUAUUUUCACCAAACAGAAGAAUUAGGAAAAAAGAAGUGCAAAGUUGAAAGUUGAAAGAUAAGGAAAGUCAGAAACAAUGCAAAUCCAAAGAUGCACAAAGACAGAAAAUGCACCCCGAACAAAAACACUGCAAGACAACAAAAGUGCUUUGCAUGUUUUUUUUCUGUGGUUGUAUUUUUUUGUUUUUGUGUUGUUCACAUAUUCUCAGUGUAAUUGCUGUUAUUCAGUUGGCUGUUUUUGCAGCAUGUUGAUUCAUUUGCAGCACUUUUUUUUAUAGUUGUACCUGUUUAGGUCUUGUAACUAUAAUUAAUAGUACAGUUUGGAACAGCUCUUUUUGUAUGGUGAUUUCAGAUAAAAUUUGUUGUGAAUUGGUUUUAAAUAGAUAAAGACUUAUUAAUUAACUAAUUGAUGGUGAAUUAUGCCACAGGCAAGCAGCAACCUUGACUGUUAAAAAAUGAAACCAUUGCAGGUUUGCAAAAAACUGCAGUUCCUUGAGUCUCCAAACACUAAGGAAUUUUUAUCGGGUACCACUUUGAGAUAAACAACUAACUCCCAUGUCCUGCAAGGUGAACUAACUCUUUUUGUAGGUGUACCAUAGUUUUUUCAGCAGAAAUAAAUGUGUUUGAGCCCAAACAGGCCUCUCACCCUAGUUCUGCCUUCCAUAUCCUCUUUCACACAUUUCUUUCCUGACCUCUCUUUCCUCAUAAGAAUGGGGAUAAGCAGUGGGAGGUAGAGCAUAUAGCCUAACUUGGAGUACAGGGUGAACUCACUUUGAAAGGCGGUGCCCAAAACAUUUAUAUAAUUCAUUUGAUGAUUUUAUUAAUAGAAGCAUAUUACCUGCUGAUGUUGCAUUGCUCAACUGUAAUGCCUCUGCUGCUUCACAGAUGAGCUAGCAGAUUUGUGCUUAUUGCUCUGAAGUAAGUUGUCAUACAGAAGAAAUAUUAAACAAAAUAUUUGCAUAUGACACUUCUUAGAUGUUUUGGUGUCACGACUGUGCACACUGGAUGGCUUUGAUCGCAGCACACAUCCUCUGUUUCAUUCAAUGGUCAGGUUACGAUGAGAGUGCUCUCUGCUGGAUUGAAUAGCAAGCUACUUCAGACUUGAUUCGCUGAAGUGGCCAGCUGACCUUUAAUAACAGAAUAAAAGUAUGAUGGGGUUGGUUUCUUCUCUGGGUGCUUAAUAAACAGCUGCAAAAAAAUAGCUUUUAAUAUCUUGAAUUGUUACCUACAAAUUCUUAAACUUAACUUUAUGUCCCCUUCUAUAAUGUACGUUUAUCAGCUUUAGUUGUAAAUUCAAAACACAAAUGAUUACCUCAUACUUAACUUUGUAAUCUUAAUGGGUUUUUUAUUUUUAUACUGAUGUAUGACAUACACAGCCAGCCAGAGAGCAGGCCUAGUAACAAGCACCACAAAUAAUCCCAUCUGCUUUGUCCCAGCGGUCAGCUCUCAGGCUCUCCAUUGACAGCGACCAAAAAUAUCCUGAGCUCUGUGUCUGUAUAAGCCUGAAGGGAGCCCCCACAGAGACAAACACACACCACACCCUUUCAUUCUGCUGUGGACUGUAUAUCAUACAUCAGCCCUCUGGCUCUAAACACACCACAAAUACUGGAUUUACAUCUGCUGACCUGGGUAAAUUCAACAUCGGGAGUGUUUGUGAUUAUGCUCUGGUCUUGAGCUGUGUGUGUGUGUGUGUGUGUGUGUGUGUGUGUAGUCACAGUGGCCACAGCCAUUUGUCUUCCUCUUACCAGGUGCUGCCAACUCAAAGUGGUCUAUUUAGAUCUUGACUUAACUGAGCUAUUUUUGUUCAGGCCUAACAGGGCUUUUUAAGUGCCCUGCUCUGCUCUGGCAUGUGGGAUUCAUAAAGAGAAGGCCAGAGUAUUUAAUGCCCUCUCUUUCUGUGUGCCACUGUACUACACACCAUAGCGUUGUCAUGUUUAAUAUCCACGAUGUCCUCCCCCUUCUUGCAGUCACACAUCAGAGGACUAGAGGUUUCCAUGGGGACUGGGUCGUUUGGCUGAAGCCCAGAGUUUGCUGUGGUGCUUUUGAUGGUCAGCAGGCUGUGGGCCGGGCUAGUACAGAAGCUGCCAACUUGUGUUUGUAUGGGAGACAGGUUCUGCAAAGAAAGAGCUAGAUGGUCCAUGAAUUUACAUGCGAGUUUUGGUAGCCAUCAAAUCAGAGGAUCAGAAGUAAACAGGGGUAAAUCAUGUAGUUAUUUUGACAAGCAUGUUAAUUAGGAAUAUGUCCUAGGAUCCAAUUUUAUCCUUAAAUUAGUUCGGGCAUGAAUCUCAUGUUGAAUGGAGUUACAAUUAUGGGUAUAGCAGUUACGCUAUAUGAGAUACAAGCUUGCUACGCUCAGAUUAACCAGUUUAGUGCAGAAAAAAAUCCACUUGGAUCUGGUUUAGAUUUAGCUAUAAUCCAAUCUAAAAUCUAUAAACAGACAUCCAAGCUGUUCUUAUCAUGCAAGCCCAAAAUGCCAGUCGUAUGUUGCUUAGCUGUAGAAAAAAUACCUGCCACAAGCCAAGGGGGUAGCACCAGUUCAUAGCUACAGCCAUAUUGCUAAAAUGCCCUACUACCUAGAUGUAAACAAGCACAGAUGAUAGGUUACAUCUCAUAAUAGGGCAUGAUUUCUGCAGUUUUAUGAUCUACAAUAUGAAAAUAACGUUGUAUGUAGGCUUUUUGUGGUUAAACUGGCAUAUAAACACUAGACCAGAGCAGCGAGUUACCAGCAGACAUGUGGACGUUAACCUGCAAGGAGGACCAAAUGCUGAAGGUUCUAGCUCUGCUCAUGUGAGCCACACUCGUAAGUCAAUAUGACAGUGUUAUAGGGAUUUCUGUGCCUUUAUUUAAAUGACAGAGCAGGAGAUGCAGAAAGAGAAAAGGGAGUGACAACCUGGCUUGAACUGAACCUACACUGUAUAAUUGAGACUUAACCUCGGUACAUGGGGUGCACUUCCUAAAGUGGUUUAAGUUAGUUUUUAUUGGCAUCACCAACCCUGUGACAAAAACUCCUGAUUAAUUGAAACCCACAAGCUUCUUCAGAGUGUUAUUCUGCUUUACAUGUUGUUCACAAACACCAUUUUUUUUUACGAAACUAGUUUCUGGUUGCAUUCCUUUCUCUUGAAAUCUCCUCCAUUGACAUGAUUUGCUCUGCAGGCCAAGUCACACUGUCACUACAUUUACAUUUCAUUCGAUACAAUGCACCAGUCUGACUGAAAUUGGACUUUUAAAUACAUUUAAACAUAUAAUUCCAUCUAUAAUCUCAUUAAAACUAAAAUGAAACUUCUUGUUGUCGGACUAACAUACCUCCAUAGCGAGGUUGGGUAUUGUUUGUCUAUCAUGUAUGCCCUUCAGUUAAACUGAAACCAGCCUAAGCAAUUUGAGCCCCAGAGUUUGCAUGCCGAGCUUUGGUCUGAUUGAAUAGCAUGAAUAUGUUGCAAGAAAACCAGGAAGUGAAAAAGAAUCUCAACAGAGGAAAAAAGGACACAAAAAAUGGCAAAACUGUUGUAUCAUACAAAUUAAAGGUACAACAGUUUUUAGUAUGUCACAGGUCAACACGGAGAUGACCCAGCAGUGACUGUAGCUUACCAUAACGAAGGUGAACAUGCUUGUCAAUAAUUCGAUUAUUGUAAACUAGGCCAAGGGCAGUAGUCCAUUCAUAUCUCCAAACUAAGACAUAAACAUGACUCAGCUUAACUUUGCAUGUAAUAAAGGUCAGAGAGCUGGCUACUUAGUCCUCUGCUGCUGCUGCUCCUUUUUUGUCUGUCUUAUAAAAUUCCACUAACACCUCUGACUCCGAACCACAUAGUUAGACUGUGUUACUGUAUGCUUAUUUUUAGCACAAUAUCAAAAAUCUAUUUUCUUUAAAAGGUCAUCUUUAUCUGUUUCCUGCAACAGCCCUACAUCGCUCAUUGCAGACUUUCUCACGCUGCAUAUGACCAGCAAAUGUAGUUUAUUCUUGUUUUAAAAGGGAGAAAAACAAGGAGACAGUUUACACAACCACUGGAAUCAUCUAAAUGCGCUCAGUGUGGGAAGCAAUGAAGCAGUUUUUGUCUCUUAAAAUGAGUCGUAAAUGUGUAAUUUCUGUCUUUCUGUCUUGUGUGGAAUUUGGCAGUUAGGGGGCCGCUCCCUCCCUCUCAACCCCACUGCUCAGUCCGAGCAUUGUGUGUGUUUGUGUGAGUGUGUCUGUCUGAGUGUGUGACUCACAGUGGCAGUCCUGGUGUGAGAGUGUCAGUCGCUCAGUGUGUGUCAUGCUGUCAGGAGGAGAAGCUCAGUGUGCAAUCUCUGAUCAAGGAUAUCUGUACUGACUCUGGUUUUACUCUCAGGGAGCAGCAGCAGGAGGCUCAGGUAAGUCAUGGCUGAACAACUCUCUGACUUGUGGAAGUUAUUAUCCGGUAAAAGUUGAGUUUAAGUGAUAGGUUUUCAUCUUUACCCUGUAGUGAUGGAGGGAGAUUUACAGAUUUACAGUACAGUCAUGGGCAGUCAUGUGGUUGAGAUCUCGCUGAACCAGAUCUUUGAUUUUGGGCUUUAGGGAAACAGUGUUAACUUGUAUUUUUUGUAUAGAAAGUGUGAUGUAGCUUUCUAAAGCAUUAGCUGACAGACUGAAUGAUACACUAGUUAAUCAAUUUAUGAAUAUACAGACAGCUUGUGUUUAUCCACGUGAGCAAAAGCAAAUGUUUCCUCCAAAUGUAGAAACUUUCCACCCUCAAUUUCACCAACUUCUCCUGGCCCUCUGAUGAAACUACAAAUCUAAUCCAUGCAAGUGUGUGUUUUUGAGUGUGUGUUUGUGUGGGUAAGCAGUGGGGGUGUCCAUGUUGGUGCCACAGUGUGUGCAUUUGUAGCUCAGCUGCUGCAUGUGUCUGUCACUAUUUUAGUACAGUCUCUCUGACGCACACACGGUUCUACCCCACAGCUCUUUUGUGCAUGGGCAAAUAAGUUUUUAUAACUUUCACAAAAAGUUUCUAGACAAAUAUCCCACAGACCCACUUUUCACAUAUGCUCAUGAUGAUUCACUCUGUACAGUUUGUCCUCCUGGUACAUGUCUCUAUUCUCUGCUGUGCUCUACUGCAUCACUGAUCAUCAUCUGUUGAUGGUCAACAUUACAGGGUCUUUACAGUGUAUCCUGCCCCCUCCUCUUUGGUUAAAUUCCUCGGCGAAAUGUCUCCUCUAAUACUUCCGGUCAGAGCUCCAACUGUCAUCUGCAGCUGUCUGUUGUCCAGAAUAUUCCACUGAUCUUUGACCCCUGUUCUUGGUCCCCACAUUAACAGAGCUCCAUCAUCAGAUGGCUCCUGUUGCUCUGUUCAUCUGGAUUCCUGCAUGUAUCAUCUUUAAUCCAGACUAAGUAUGAGCGAUGUGUUUACAAGCACAUAGUUUAUACUUAGUCAAUCACAUUUAAGGGAUGUGAAUAUUUCCUGCUCUCACAGAAACAAUAUUUAAACAAACUGAUGCAAUUGUAUAGAAUUUGUAUAUUUUCAGUCAACAAUUGCUUAACUUUGAAAGUGAAUGUGCUUGAGAGUGUAAAAUCUAACUUACAGAGUGAAGCAACACCUGUCAGUGUUUGACCACUUUGAGGCAAAGCUACACACUAAGACAAACACUACACAUUAUGUUUGAUUUGUUGUGAAUCGAUGAACCUCUUAGUAAUCUGUGCAUAUUGCAACAUUAAGCACACAUAUAGCAGCAUACAUACAUUUGUACCUGAUUGUGUCCUGAUUGUGUGGCUGCAGACACAGUGGAGCUCUUGGAGAGCAUGUGCAGUUGGAAGUUGGACCUCCACAUGGAUCUGAGCUGAUAAAAAGAAAUGAAAACUCGUCAUCUUUAAUGGGGUAACCUCAUAUCUUGGUGGUAUUAUACAUCAUCCUUCAUUUAAAGAGCUGGUGAACCUCUUUAGAAGUACAGAUGUUAACUUGAUAUGAACUCUACAAUGUGUGUGAGAUUCAAGCAGAGGUAAACUCCAGGUAUAACUGUGCAUAUGCCAAGCUACAUGGUUCAAAGACUUGUACUGAUUCCUCACGAAAAAUUAAAACUUUAAAGUCUGUAGAUUUUUUUUACAGUUCAUGUUUGUAAAAAAAGACACGGCAAAGAAGAACUUUCCCUGGUGAGAUUGCCUCAUUCCUCAGUAAGAGCUGAGAUCCAACUUCCGACUGCACACACACUCACAAAGCUCUGGCUUUAUUUUGGCCUCCACAAACCAAUAUAUAACUUCUCUUAUAUGAUGUUAUAUUUUCCAGCAAGUUCACUGGCUAGUUCCUUAAUUUCCCUGCCUGUUGUGAGGUGCUAGAGAAGUAAGAGCAGGUUUUAAAACUACAACAAUGAGCUGAAACACAGCAGAUUUCUGUUCAGCUGCCAAAAAACUUUGGCCAUGUAUCUUGUUUAAACAUCUUGUAUUUUGACAUGAUAUGACCAAGGUUUGGUGAUACAAAGUUUGUGAGCGCCUGUGAUGUUGGAUCAUCAUCAUCAUCCCUCAGUUUUAACCUCUCAAAUUCUUUUAGUUUCUUAGAGUUUAAUUUUAAGGUUCAAAGAACUUUAAGGGAAAUAUAUCAGAGUAAAAGUACACAUUUGGAGAAAUUUAGAUGCGUAAAAGUGGAAGUUAAAAGGAAUAUAAAAACUCAAAUGAUGUAUAAUCCCACCCAGAAGUGUUUAAGGGUGUGCACUACAGUGGAUUCAGAAUAUUACAUAUCAGCUAACAGCCACUUUGACUGUUUACAACAUUGCCUCAAUGUUUAAACACACUUCAUAUAAUGUCAGUGGUUGUAAUCAGCCAAUCCUUAACCAGAUCUAGUGGAAAUCUGUCUGGACAGAGAGGGAAUCUCACAAUCCACCAGAACUUACAAAACGUAGACUUUUCCAACAUCUCCUCCUGAGCAUGUAGAGGAAAUGAUGACAUGAUGGUACUGAACUCUCUGCUUACUCCUCAUAGUCUUCUGAGAUAUUUUUCCAACAGCAAACAAAACAAACAGAUUACUGACCUGAUUUUGUUGUAUCUAUACAGCUAGAUGCUCACACAGCCAAAAACUGUUGAAACCCAGCCUUGAGUGAAGCUUUAGCAUAUGCUGAUUCAUAAUUAUCCAUCUCCACUUGAUUUUCCAUCGUCUUCAAGCAUAUCAGCUGUCUUUGUUUUUGGCAUGUUUGAUUCUUCCUCUGGUAAUGAUGGGAUUUUAUAAAUCCGGUAAUCAUGUAUUCAGCUGUGCCAAUGCUGGGAUUUCUGCAUACCUGCAGAGGAACAUAAUGUAUUGUAUGGUAUCACGGAAAAUUACUGAACUGUUGUUCGAAUGAACAUCUUGCCGCUUUACUGACUGACUCUGUGUUUUUGAACCAUCACUGAGCCUUGUGGAGCUGCAGUCAUUUCGUUUUAGUGAGCUUGCAUGGGAAAGAGGAAAACCAAUAAGCUUUCUAUCUUGUGCUUGGAUAAAUUAAGAGAUUUUUUUUCUGUCCUGGAUAAUAUAACCAGUGCUGCUCCUUGCUAUAAAGGUUGGGCAGUUUCAGUUGACCUCUAUUGUAGUUUGUAAUUAGGGAUAAAGACAGCCCUGGUGCCGGUCUUCUUGUCCAGUUGCACUUUGGUUGCCUUCUGUGGUCAGCAGCCUUGAAACUGAACACCAUGAGCAAACUUGGUAGUUGAAACAAAGACAAACAUGGGUCAGGAAGUUUGCGUCUUGUGUACCCAUUUGUUAUAGGUCAUACUGGAUUUGUAAUUGACUUGUGGGUGUGUUUUUCCAGAGUUUUGUCACUCCUGCAUCCUCUCAAGGUCAUUUUUUUGUGAUUGAACCCCGCGCCUGUCUUCCCCUCUUUGCUCUGGCCUCCACUUCUUCGGGUUUGUGGUGAAACUAAGCUUUGCUUCAUGAAUUUUUCCAUCAACAGCAGCAAAUAACAACAGGGUCAGACAAGGAGAGGCACUCUUGAGUCCAGGACAGCGGGCUCUGGUUCGUCUUUUCCUCUGAAUCUGAAAGUAAAAAGGUUAGUGAAGGUAGGGAGCCUGUAAAACUCAAACCAUCUUUCUGAUGAUGCUCCAAGCUUCAUCUGGCAUCAAUUGUCUCAAAUGAGUUGUGUAAAUUGUGCUCUCACAUGCUAUCUCCAUUCAGAGAGCUGGUGACAGGCUGGUGGAUUGUGAGAGUGGGAUGUUUAGUCAUUGUCUUGGCUGGGAGCAUUGAGGGUGGGAGAUGAAUGGAGAGGUGAGGCAUUACUUCGAAGCCUAUUGAUAUCAAGUUAUUCAGCAUGCAUGCUCCGCAUACUUGUGAUUUAUGAAGGUAUUGUGUUCAGAGGAAAUGGGUGGUAAAGCUGCAUUCUGCCAAGAAAUUUGUACCUUCACUAAAUUUUCUUAAAGUGUCGAGUGACGGCUUUUCUAACACACCCUGCUUCCCUUACAAAUGAUGAGGCCAAAGUUUUCCAACUGUUUAAUAGUUGACCGAGAAAAGGGUAAUUGCGUGUAAUCAAAUACACUGGUUUCUGAUCUUGCAUACCUGUUCUCUGCCCUGUUAAGGCAAAGUGCAGAGACAAUGCAAAAGUGAGAGCAUUGCCUUUAAAACUUUUUGGACUGGCCAGAUAAACAUGUCAAAGGUAGAUCAAUAUAAAUACUCUCAUGUACCUUUACUGUAGAGUUUUUCAUAGACAAGAACAUGACCAUGUUGUGACCUUUGACCCCUAAAAUGCAGCUAAUGCACCACUACUCUGCUCUGAUACUCUUCCACAAGAAUACUCAAACAAGUAAUAUCCAGGUGCAUCUCAAUAAUUAGAAUAUCUCAAAAAGACCAGUAUUUUCAACCUGUUAUUUAGGUAAGUGAAAACAUCAUUUGUUCCAAACUCAUUAAAACAAACUUAGAUGUUUCAAGCAUUUUUUUUUAUUUUGAUAAUUGUGGCCUCCCAUCAAAAACAUGUAAAAGGGCAUUUCUCAAAAAUUAGAUUAUUUACUUUGGGUUCAUAUCAAUCGUCAGACACAUUAAACACCAUGUAUUGCUCUGUCUGGUUCAGAACAUGCAAGCAUGAAGACAGCUGAAGUGACAAGACCAUCAUUGACCCCCUUCAAAAGGCGGGUAAGCCACAGAGGCUCAUUACUGAAAGUCUGAUGGUUCUCAAAGUCCUGUGUGGAAACAGAUUCAUGGAAAGCUGACUGAGGGAAAAUGUGAGGGAGGAAUGGAUGAACACUGCCUUGAGAGGACUGUCAGAGCAGAUUCAAGAACCUAGGGGGGCUUUACAAGGACUAGACAGAGGCUGGAGUCAGUUUUGCUUCUCAUUUGAAAAUCAAGGUCCUAGAGUCUGGAGGAAGAUCUGAGAGGCCCAUAAUCCAAGGUGCUUGAAGUCCAAUGUGAGAUUUCCAGUCUGUGAUAGUUUAGGGAGCUAUGUCAUCUGCUGCAUUGGGUCUACUGUGUUUUAUCAAGUCCAGAAUCAAUACAGGCUCAAGUCUGCCAGGAGUAUGCUGGCUGGCGUUAUUGUAGGGUUAUUGUUGGAUUUUUCUGAAACAGAGUAUAAUCAAAUCGGAAAACUUUGUUAGAUGUCGCUAAGUCUAAUUCUUGUCUGAACUAAGUUUUGAUAAAAUCCUGAGUUAGUUCCCUUUGCCUCUGCAGUGCUGUAAGGGAGUUUCACCCUCAUAUUGGUGCUACCUUAUAUCUGACAGAGAAAACCAGGCAAACCAUCAACAGGCCUGGAGAUUUCUUAAUUCAGAGUUUUAGUGCCUGUGUUCAGGCUGUUUUUAUUUUUUCCAUAAAAAAGCUGUGUGGGUAUCUGGUACUCACCCUAAAGUGUCUGUAGAGCUCUGAUGGUAAAACUUGGCAGUGAGAAGUUUUCCAGCAUGAGGAUUUUUUCGUCUUUAAAUAAUUUUCUUUGGCUUGUGACCUUUAAUCAAGUUCAUUCAGCACCACCCUCCACGGCUUACGCUAGCUUAAAGAGGAGGACUGACCUGUAGCUUCUAAUGUUAUGACCUUAUGGUCCAGCUUUGCACUGGCUCUCAAUUUAUGUGUUUGAACUCACCCUGUUACUUUAUUUGCCUUUUUGGAUAAACUAAUAGCAUAAAGUUGGCAGCAGGCACAGCUCUGCAGAUUUUCCUGAAAAUUUCCAGAGAACAUGUGAGAAAGCAGCUUCUAUGACUCAACAAAGUCCUGCCCCCCCUCAUGGAGAACCUCUCCUGCUGUUUAGGCCUCCAGCUCCAUGUUCAGUACGUUCCUUAGAAACAGAGAAGAUGAAAUAAACAUUACCGUCUGUCUCUAAAUGAGUCUACUCAGUAAUUGUGCCUAAUGAUGGAUCAUUAAGGUUGAUUAAUACAGACUGUUAUUGUUGUGCUCAUUUGUAGUGAAUGGUUUGUGUUUCCUCAUUUAACCCUCAGAGGAGUGCAGGCAGAUGAGUAUUGUGCUCUGUUCUGUGCCUGACAUAUUUACAUUUCUUGUCUCUGACACACAGAAAAAAAGGUCUGUGUGCAGAUUCACCUAAAAUGGCCUGAUCCUAGAUGUCUGUGCAAAAACCAGAAUGGAAAACUACUGAAGUCAUAGGAUUCAAACAAGGCUGAUUACCUGAAUUACAACUCUAAUUCUGCAUUUACUUCACAUGUUGCUGCAUGAAAGUGCCCUCUAUUCUUCACUCGGUGUCUGGACUGGUUCAAGCCACCAUGUGGAAAACAUAUCCUGCUGUUCGCUGGCUUCUGUUCAUUACAGUCACACACACACACGCCCUCACACACACUUACUUUACCUCCAACAGCCUUCCCCGUCAUUAGUGUAAUGAUGCCAUAUGCCACAAAAAAACCCUUUUCUUUAUGUUUUUAUUAAACUCUGCAAAAAAACUGUCCAUUUUUUAUAUUUACAAGGAUUUGUUAUAUAUAGUCCAUGUCAAACUUUAAGCAAAUGGCCUCAAAAUUCGUAAUGAAAGAAUUUGAUUUAUGCACUGAGUAACUAAAAGAAAGUAGUGAGGCUUGAGCAACAAAAGAAACCUGAGUUUCUCAGGCAAAUCCCCGGCAGACAUGGCACCCACCCAGACGAGCUGACUAUAAUCCAGAAAAAUGGAUUUCAAAACCACACAGACAUAUUGCUUUGCUUAAACAAUCAGCUUCUAUGUCGAUUACGCGGCUGCUGUCAGUUUUAAAUUAAAGAGUUUGGCCUGUUUCACGUAAAGAGGUCCUGUUACACCGGAUGCAUGUGCUGUCCCAUCCUCUCUCUUUGUCUGGAUCAACUGUCUGUUGCACAGAGAGCUGCUGGGGUGUUUGAAGCAUGGCGGAAGGACUCUGUCUCCGUUGACAGUCUGGCGGAUAAGGUCUCCCUGCUCGUGCCAUGAACAACUCUUGAUUUAUCUCAAGUCACAAUCUGUUUCCUAUCGUUUAACACACCAGGGUCAGCUCCUGCAGUACAGCCAGUCAGGUUUCCACUAUUUCACAUUGUUAAGCGAUAAGACAGAGGAAGCACUUCAAGGAGUCAGUUGGGCUUUAAGUUUGGUGUGGUGAGCUUGAAACUCAACAAAGUGCAAUUGCAGAAAAGUCAUGAAAUGGAUACAAUCCCAGCAUAGAAAGAAAAUAUCAUUGUCAGGUACAACCAAAUUUUCACACACAUCCAAAUCCUACAGGACCGGUUUCGAAAGCAUGAACAAUUUCAACAACAACUCAUUUCCCAAACACAGCAAAAUACCUCAUGCAUAUCCUUAAAAUAACAAUCAAAUACUGUAAAACUAAACGGUGCAAGUCAACCACCUUCUUCAGCAAAACCAAAAUAUUAAACAAACGCAAAUCCUGUGUUAUCCAAUCUCUGGAUCUACACUAGCUUUUCAGCCCCACCACCACCCCUGUGUUUUCCUGCAGGCUAAACACAGGGAUGCAACCAGGGUUCUGGUCGGACAUUAAAAAGGGUUAUGUUAGAUGCUAAAAGUGCAUUUGAGGACUAAAAUUGUAGUUCUUGGUGAUCACAAGGUGAUUCUGUUGCAAAUAACAAGGGUCCUAGAAGGGUCCUAGAACUGUGGUAGUUCCUAAAGUGCCCACUUCCUCCAAAAACAAGGAAACCCCAUCAGAGCUCUUAUUAAAAUGUACAUUUUUGCUGCACAAUUAAACACGUUAACAGCCUGAUGCAAAAAAAAAUGAUGUUAGUACUAUGGCUAAAUGCUUCAGAUUCUUGGGGAUGUGGCUUAUCUUAUAGACAGGUGGGUGUUAUGGCCCCUGCCUCACUAUUUUGCUAAGUUAGUCAGAAGUUUGCCAGAGUCAGACUGUCAUCAUUGUCCUUAUGUUGGUGAUGUCCAUGAUCUUAAAUAAAUGGAAAUGUUUCCGUUGCUCAGUAGUUUGGACAUGUGCCUAUGUUUCGCUGAAGGGCUGGCUUCAGCUCUCAAGGCCAGUGGAGCUACAGUGUAGAACAAAGAUAGAGACACAAGGCUCCACCUGUCACUCCUCCUGAUGAAUCGCUUAGUGUGAUCCGUCUCAUCAAUGACAGAGCGUAUAAUUUUUCCUGUCUGACCCAGCUUGACUCACCUCCUGUUAGCGUACUUACUGUUCUCAUAUUCACUUUCCCUGUCUGAGAGUCUGCUCCCUCUCAGAGGUGUGAAUCCCUGAGAAUGAAGCCUUGUCUGGAUGUUUUGGCUGAUGGAUCACUUUCUGGAACAUGAGUUAGCUUGCUGUUUGACUGACACACCGUGUGUUUAAAAUCCUGUAAUGCCCGCUGCAGCAGGAUGUUGAGAAUCUUGGAAGAACUCUCUGAGAUAUUCGGGUGUCUUCAGGUCAGCGCUCUGGGCGAGCAGAGCAGCUGUUCUUGAGGCAUUUUGGGAAUUUCUGCCCUCCUCCUGUCGAUGAGAGGUCAGGAGGUGAUACAGUGGCCUUUCUUUUAUUAGAGGACUGACAAAGCUGUACAGUGUCAGCCUGGUCUAAUUACCAUGUUAUCACAGUCAGCAUCUUGGUCAGGAGCUCACGAUCUCUCUGAUUUCAGUGCUGUAGGUCCCCACUCAGCAUCAUUUCUGGACCCUGUCUUUCUUUUCUUUUCCUGUAUCGUUACUCGUUACUAUUAUAGAUAAUAAAUAAUAAAAGACGACACAGUGUGGGGUAAAGUGGAUGUUAUAUGUUAUCAAGGGGCAUCUUCUGUUGUUGAUAAAUUAAGCCUUUUGCAAAAGAGGCAGUUCCUUGAGUGUCCACUUGAGGCAGCUUCCCAAAGCCAGAGAAGCCCUUUCAGGUGUAUUUAAAUGUGAUUUUUCCUUUUCAACUGAAUAUUUUUACAGCCUGGUUAAAAAAUAAAUAAACAAAACAAUUUGGGGUAUGUAAUUUUUUAAAUUGUUAUUCAUGAGAGACAGAUAUUUACAAGCAGGCUUCUUACUGGAUCAUGUGCAUUUGUCUGUGUUUGUGAAUAUAUCAACUUAUACUGUGCUGUUAACCUGUUAGUGCCUAUAACAUUUCCUGUGAUGUGACUUAUUUAUGUUGGACUGCAUUCAAACAGGUGGUUUUUACACCCUACUUGAGUUGACUUACAGUAUGUCUUAUAGAACCAAACAUGAAAGAUUGUUUUCAGGUUGAGUUAGACCUAAUUUUCCAAGUGCCCAUCCACACUACAAUCCCUGCCUUCGCCACCAGUGUAUAGGUUGAUCAAAAGUCAGACUGAGUCUGCAUUUCCAAUAUGGGGACUGAGACAGUGUCUAUGUUUUAUAAAGUCAAUAGGUAUGAGGCUUAUUUGCACACACUAAAGCACUGCACUGAAGUUGAAAAAAGGUCCAAGGCUCAAGUAUGCUGUAUAUUUAUUUCUGCAAAUUUAGCUGCAGAUCCUUGGACAUAACAAACUGAUGCUAUAGGGACACAUAAAUCAGUACCUUAAAUCUCUAGACCACAGACCCCAUGGGAACUUGGGCGAUUUUGUGUAAUUAGGGGAGGGUGUUGUUUUGAUUUGAUGUGUCCUGGAGCUCUUUGAAAAAGAGGGGACAUUAGCGCUGCUGAAUGCAAGAGAGUCCCAUAUAUCAUGAUAUUUGAGGACACCUCUUGUGUGUUUGUGGGUUAUUGGUGAUGUGACCCCUGCUGUUUGAUCCUGUUUUUGAUGUGGUGAACCCUGCAGGAGGAUCCUCCUUUAAUCAUCACUCUGUGAAAAGAGAUGAGACGGAGGACGCUGGUUGUGUUGUAGACUGUCUCAUCCCUCCUGGGUCUCAGUCUGAUCAGGGAACAAAGCUGGAGUUUGCAGACCUCAGGGAGGUGGGACAUGUCCCAGGCGCCUGCCCAAACACACACACACACACACACACACACACACACACACACACACACACACACACACACACACACACACACACACACACACACACACACCUCUGAUUGGAAGGAGGGAAAGGGUGUAUCUGCUUCCCGUAACAGUGCGUCUCAGAGCCUCAGGCUGCCUGAUGUUUGGCAGAUAUGGAAACCCAGACAUGCCCUCGGGGUGUGUGAAUGUGUGAAUGAGUGGUUAUUGAUGUAAGUGGGGUUGGCAGGCCUCCAUCAUAUUUGGCAGAGGUAUUUAAGAGUUUGGCUCUUACUUGUUCAAUAAGAUUUUAUUGGCAUACAUUUCAGUAAUGAUCUCUUUUGCAUGUGGUCCAUCAUAUCAGGUUUCAACUUUACCAGAAUUUUUAUGUCAAAAGGGGUGAAAGAGGCAAGAUAGAUGCCUACACUCGCAGAAAUAUUUAGGCCUCAAUGCAUAUAAAAUUUCCAUCCAUUUGAAUUACUUAGAUUUAAUAUAAACAGGCCAUUAAACUUUAUGUGCUGCAUAUUUUUUGUCAAAUGUAAAUGAAACAAUUAAGAAUUAGAUUUAUGUAAUAAUACCAAUAAACCCAACAUGUUUAAAAUAAAUAAUGGUAUGGUCUCUUUAUAAACAUAGUUUUUUAUAUAUUAUGGAGUGGUCUGGUAGAGACAAGAGGAGAAACAAACAGCAUCUUGACCAUGAUAUCAGAUGACCGUAGUUAAAACAGACACAAAUACAACAAGGUGGUCACUUUAAACUUGUUUACAUACAAUGAGGAUUUUGACAUCUUAAAAAUUAAAAUAGUCAGUUAAAUGAAAUAAAAAAUGAUUGUUUUAGUGCAGCAUCCACAUACUGAAAUUCAGAGAGAGCUCAGAUUUACUGAUAUCAAAUAAGCUGAAUAGGAUACAUUCUUCAGGCUGCUUAAAACUGGAUCUUGGAAAAUAUUUAAGAAUUAAUCUGGACUAAAAGACAGGAUUGAGGAAUUAUCCCUCCUCUUUUUGUUCCACAUUGCAGCCCAGUGGGUGGUGGUAGCACCUUCAAACCACCAAUAAAAAUAAAACAAGAAGAAGAUGAGAAAGCCUCUGAUUGGUCCAAAAUAAACACGGCAGCCUCUGUGUAGCAUAAUCAGCUAUCUGAAAUAAAUGUUAAAGUUAUGAGUUUAGUAAAUAAUUUAUUGGAGAAUAUGGAGUCAUAGGCUACACAGAAAGUCUCAGAGGUAACUAUACUUUUUCCCCCCAGGUUUUAAAUGAGGACGCUGCUGCAGAGGACCUCAGAUUUGUAACCAGUAACCAGAGUUUAACCAGAGUUUGCAUUUUAACCAGGUGGUUCUGCGAAGGCCGAGAGCUGCACACCUCUCCUGACAUUCAGAUCUGGAGGGAUGGUGACCUGCACACACUGGUGAUCGCUGAGGCCUUCGAGGACGACACAGGACGAUACACCUGCGUGGCUUCCAACAGUCUGGGAGCAGAUAAUACCUCAGCUGAGGUUUACAUUGAAGGUUAGAGGGUAUUUAUUUAGUCAGCCUCUUUGUAUAUUUCUUUAAAAACAGUGAGACAGCCUCCUUAGAUUGAUGACAGUAUGUCCUAAAUAUUAGCAUUAUUACUGUUAAAUAGGAGGCGAGUAUUACAGAGAAAUAACCAUCAGUGAUUUUGUUUCUCUUCUGUUGCAGGAGCUUCAUCAUCAGACUCAGACGGGGAAGGGACUGCGUCUAAGUCCAGAUCAGGAAACAUGCCGCAGUACGUGUGAUUCAGCAUGACCUCUCAUGACCCAAUGAACCUUGAACCCCCUGAGCAGGUCAACUGAGCCCUGCAGGAUCUAAUCAUGUGUGCUGCCCUUAACUAGACCCUUAAAAGGCCCUUAAAGAGCCAUAACCCUGAGCCUCUACACAGGCCACACUCGAGAUAAUGAGAGGUGGAGAGGGUUAAUUUGGUAAAAAAUCACCCUGUCACUGUUGUCCCCUGUACUUUUAACCCUCCUGUUUGACUUUUUACACUCUUCCUGCCUUCUCUCCUGUUGCCCCCUUUACCCCAAUCUACUCUUUUACCUCACACAUGUGCAAAGUAAUACUAACAUACCUUUUCAGUUAUGUUUAUCUUUCUAAGAUUAUAGUCAGCUGCUUAAAAUUACUACUUACAAAAUACAUCUUCAGAUACUGCAUGAGGAGAAUUGUGCAAUCAGUCCUGCAGCAACUCUUUAAAUGCUUUGUGAUCCUCUGGAUGUUUUUGAUCACUAUCUGUUGUUUAAAUCUGCCUCCAUCUGUACGACUUCCUGAUCUCUGCUCUGUUUACACGCUAAAGCCAAGAUUAUUGAUAUCAUCUGACUUGCUGUGGUGAAAUUUAUCUUUGAUCCAAACUUAACAUUUUAACUAAAAGCAUUCCGAGUAAAAAAAAAAAAAAGAAAAUCCCAUGUGUUUGUAUGAGCACUGAUUUAUUCCAUGUUUCUGUUAGAGUUCAGAAGAAAACAACUUCAAUGUCCCUGACAAUACGCUCAUCAUCACCCAAAACCCCAGAGGUCCUUCCUCAUCGCUCCACCCUGGUCCAGUCCCUGUCUCAGCCCCCUCAGAGGGUAAGAAAUGUCAGCUUACAUGACAGUAGCUUAUGCACAAUAUUAAACGUGCAGUCAUUUGUCUUUAAUGACUGAAAAACCCGCUUUGCUGUUUGCACAUAGAGUUUUUAUUGUUUUCCAGGUGCAGAGCCCUCUGUCACUGUACAGCGGUGAUGUGUCAGGUCCUCCUGUAUUCACUAAGGUGAGUGUGCCUAUUUGAUAUACUAUAAAUGCACCACAUUGUGUUAUUUGGCAUUUCAAAAUGCAAAAAAUUAUUCAGAAUAAUCCUAGUUUCUCUUGAUACGUGCUCUGUCUCAAAGUUAGACUGAAAAAGCACAUUGAGCUGAAGAUAUUUAAGCAAUAUUUGCUGCACCAUGUAUUGCACUCUUGUUCUGCAUCUGAUCGUGGGGGUGGACUGUCUGUUUCUUCACUAUCUGCUGCAAAGAGCUGCAGUUUGCACCCUCAUCCUGAUAGUGCUCACUUUUGUCCAUGUUCAGAUGACGACCUGAACAGGGAGAUGAUAUUUCAGGGCAGUUGUGUCAAAAAUGUCACAAUAUCUAAUUUGUCUUUUAGAAUGAAAAAACAAAAGCCAUGCAGUCCCUUUGUGACUCGGGCCCUUGAUAACUAUUCAUGUUUGAGCCAUGCUAAGUUUGUGUAUGUUACAGUUGAGGUGAAAUCUGCGUGCAAGCCAGUUAGUUUUCACACGGACUUGGAAAAUCAUUUCUUUAUUUUACAGAGUGAUAAAAAGAAAUGGACCCUUCUUGAAGCUGCAGCGUUGGCAUUCCCUCAGAGUCCAAACAAUGAAAACAGUUCCAGUUACUUACAUACUUACAUACAGUACAUCAUGCAUACAACACAAACACGCACAUCUGCAGAUACUAAUACAGAUGUACUCGGUGUUCCUCUCUGCCCAUAAUAACAGUUUGCAUUGCUGUGGCCUACAGCAGUGGAGGUCAAAUAAAACAUACACUUUGAUGAGAGCCCCUCCUUCUGCUCAUGAACAGCCCUCUCCGGCUCAGACUCUUCAGCACUCCUCUAACAGCCCCAGACUCCCUCUCCCUCGGGCUGUGGGUCUUGUGAUGGCGAGACUGAGACGGGCUGAGGCAGAGCUUCAAACGGCCCUGCCAAACCCACAAGGGUCAGGUCUCCUUCACUCUUAUUGAGCCAGUCAGGCCCUAAAUCAUUUUCCACUUCAUUACAAAAAGACAUUUGUUUUUCUUCACCUCCACUCGCCUCCUUUAGAAGCUGCUGUGGGCUUUAAUCAUCUCAGUGAGAGAAUGGUAGCCACUAGUGAUGUCACCCACACAACGGACCCACACAAAUACACUUAAACACUGUCAGACCUGUACAUUACACUGCUAUACAGCCAUGCCAGAGACACACUGUCACAGAGAGGAAGAGGAAUCUUUAGUCACACUGACACUAAGAGCCUCUUGUUAAAGGAUACCAACUCGUGCAUUUCUGACCCUGUUAACAAGCAGAGAAGAGACCACAGUGUUACUUCUCCAUCAACACGUAUUCUGAUGGUUUUUCUAAGCUCUGCAACAAUAUGUCCUCAGAUUUAGGGGCCCUAUCCUACACUUGCAGAUAAGUACCUUGUCAAGUGGCAGAAAUCAGAUAUUCAACCCAAUGCAGACAUCACAUUCACCUGAGGUGUUCACAAUAUGUGGGUUUCAAAUGAACUCUCACUUACGUUAGCACCCAUGGGUGUGUUUCUCAUGUAAAAAAAAAUAACUCAGUGAGAACCACUUUUGUUACAGAGAGUUGAUAAUUUACAUGCAACACGUCAUAUUUGGCAGCAUGGCUUUGUUCUGAAUAGGGAUGGGGAUGUACCCAGUACCCAGUUUAGCAUUUUCAAAACCCCCAAAUCUAUCAUGUUUGAGUUAAUCAACUCUGCUAUCAAAUCUAAAAUAGAGUAGAGUCACAUCAUGGUAAAUAAAUCAAUGUUUAAUGCACAUUAAUAGACUGUCUGAUAAAGUUUUCAGGUGUAAAAUUAUAAGAAGAUUUCUAGUGGUUAGUUGCCGGUGAGAAUGUGUGAAGAGGUCUAAAGUGUGUCUCCAUUAUACUAAAGAUAAAGAUAAGUGAAAUGCAGGGCACAUUUGUGAAAUAGUAAGAUGGAUACAUAAGUCCACAUCACUCUUCUUUGCUUGAGGAUGAGCUCUCACUCCUCGGGAAAUGCUAGUAUUUAUGCUGAUGUGGUGUAAUGGAUUUUUGUAAUGGGACAGAGAGCAUAGAGAUGACGCUUUUUCUCUCCCUGAGUCUGUCACAUCAUGAUACUGCUCUUGGUACAGGGCCAGUCUAUGGAUGCCAGAAGAAGAGGACACCCUCACUGUUGUCUCUUCAUACGCCGGCUUCAGUUCAGCCCUUCACAUAUUAAAAACUCCAGACAGAGACCAACACCAACCUCUUAAUCAUGUGAAAGCUGAAUGAAUUGGAUGAAUUAAACUGCAUUUAAAUCAUCUCAAUGGCUCAUCACUCAACCAUACAACUGUGAUUAGCCCAGUACAGCUCAGGCAAGCUCAGGCAGGUAGCUCCAUCUGAACUGGAGAAGGGCCAGACAUGCUUGCCACAGCAAAUAAAACAUCAUCUAGUUUCUAGUCAAUUUCCAAAAGUCAGGUAUUUAGCUGUCAGUUAUGAUGUUAAAAAGAUAACUUGUAUUCCAGAAACCAUCAAAUAAAUGCAGUGAAUUAUUCUCCAAAUAUUUAAGAAGCCAUCAAAUGUUGAAAUGUAAUACUUUAGAAAAGUAAACUUGAGGUUUCUGCCCUCUUUGACAGCUUUUUGGACCAAAUCUGAUGCUCAUUUGUGCAAAAAUGAAUCGAAAGCACAGGGUUGACAGUUAGAUUUAAUAUUUUUGGAGUAUUGGUAGAUUAAUUCACCAGAUAGAUCAACAAAGGAAUGUCAGUGGAUGUCAAAAUUAUGGAGGAAGCAUUUUUGUUUUGUCUGGAAAUGGUCCCAAAAGUAACUCCAGGGUUGUUUUGCUUUUGAAGAUUGUUCAUGAUUGCGCUGAUUUACUUUCCAGAGAUGAAUUUGCACUUUCAAAGUGAGGUGUGAAUGUGAUACAAGUGGUAUCUAGGAGUUAGGGAUAUGAACAGUGGCAUGGUGUGCGUUCUUUGGAGUGCACGCCAUACAGAGACGCAAAGUGACACAAAUCCUGGAGGCUUUAUUUGGGUUAGGUUGUCAGGACCUGGUUCUUUGGUCAUAACAACAUUUUUAUUUUUUUAUUUUUUUGCCAUUUUUGGUUUGAUUCAUCCAGAGAUUCAGCUGCUUUCUGUCCUGUAAUGAAAACACUUCAGUGGUAUCCAUGUCCUCUGGCCUCUCUGGACUCCUCAAAUAGUGUUUUAUGACCAUGCGUCAUCUUCAGCGAUCUCUCUUAUUUAUCUAAUUCUCUAACUUUGAAGCUUUCCCCUUUCAUUACCACUUACUGAAUCUUCUCAUUUAUUCAUCAUUAUGGACUUACUCAUCCCUUUUCCUCAUGACCUGUCUGUUACUUAAUCCUCCUCUCUGCAGCCAUUGCAGGAUGCCCAGGCAUCUGAAGGCCAGGUGGUGGUUCUGGAGUGCAGGGUCCGAGGGAGCCCUCCUCUGCAAGUCAGAUGGUACCGCCAGGGGGAGGAGAUCCUGGAUUCUCCUGAUUUUCGGAUACUUCAGAAAAGUAAGGCUUUCUUUUUUCACUGUUUUUCACUCACUUGUAAUCAAGAAAUUCUUGUGAUAAGCUCCAAACUGAUUUAUGCUUUUGUUCUUUCUUCCUUCCCGCAGAGCCUCGAUCUGCAGCUGAGUCAGGUUUGUCACCUCAUUUCCUGCCUAAUGCAUGCUUUCCUUUCAAACUGCUUUCAUGUUGUUAACCACAGCCAGUACAUCAAAUUAGUAACCAUCAGUACCAUUGUCUGGAGGCUAAAACCCAGGCUGAUGGUUUCAUUGUCGGCUGCAGCCUUUCACCCAUUUAUGACUAUGGUGAAUAACUCUUGUGUCUCACAGAACACCCACUCUUAAAUCCACCAGUCUAAGGGACUCCCUGGGAAAGUCUGAGAUCCCCUGUGACUCGCUGAAUCAAGCUUAUGAACACACUCCAAAAAAAAAACAGAUAAACAAUGACACACGUGCUCAUUUAUGUCAGACUUUUUUGCACCUGUGUGACUCAGGGGUCGUUUCAGGUGUUACUUUCAGGCUGUGAGUCACACAGACGUCUGUGAACAUCUGUGCUUCAGUGUUUGCGUGUCUGUCUGUCUGUCUGUCUGUCGAUUCUUCGUGAGAGCUCGCAUUUGUGCGUGUUUGUCUGUCCCCGCUGCUCCAAGUGUGUCUGAGUCUGAAAAUGAUUCACUGAGUCUGAAAUGAUCACCGCUCCACAUCACAUGUCUGUCGUGAUAUAACAUGUCUGUCAAAAUCCGUAUAAUGUCUCGUGACAUGACAUUACAUAACAAAACAAGCAUCAACGUGUCACCUCAUUCCACACCUGUGCAGAUUACUGUUCAUCAAAGUCAAGUCUGUCAUUCUGCAUGUAUAAAUUGAGCUUUUGGUAUCUUAUUAAGGUGUUUUGAUGGUGAAUAUUUUUGUUUUUCCAGAGGAGAUCUGCACUCUUGUGAUAGCUGAGGCCUUUCCUGAGGAUGGUGGCCUAUUCUGCUGCACAGCCUCCAAUGCAUUUGGCUCUUUGAACAGCACAGCCCACCUCACUGUCACUGCAGGUGGGUCCAAUACAAACAAACAGAAUAAAAUGCACAGUUGGUCAUUUACAUGUACCAACUGGUAGCUGGCAAUGUUGUCUAAAUGCAACAGUCAGCUUAGCUGCCAAUCUAGCAUCACAGUGAAACUUUCUGUUUUGGUGUUUUUGUGAGUUUGUUGGUUCUUUCUCCAUGAAGGUUUUACUGAGUUUGCAAUUUAAAAAAGUCAAUACAGCCCCAAUUUCAAGACAAACCCAUUUUUAUGCACGUUAUAUCCAGUUAAAAAAAGGCUAGCCAACAACAAGCAGUUCACAAGAUGUCAAAGCUAAGCAGUAUAUCUCCAACACUGGCUACUGUCCACUGCACAAAUAACAGACUGUAUUUGAGAUGGACUUAAUCUUAGCAACGCCAUUGUGAUGUUUCAAAAGAGGCACUAUGAAGACCAAAGAUGUUAGCCACCAUAUUGAAAAUGCUGACUCCAACUAGCUUCAGACUUAUCUUAAUAAACAAAGAGAUGGAGUUGAGCCUAUAGCCUUACUGCACCAGUUGUUCAAAUUCUUGGUGCAUCUAUUUAUACGAAAUAGUGCAUAACUGUAAGCCUUAAAAUUAUCAAGAUGGGUGGGUUUUGAAUAGAGAAUUGCUGUUUGUUUGUGGCUGUAAACAUGACGUUGUCACUUCAAAAGUAGUCCAUGAAAUAAUUGUUAAUAAUAAGAUUAUUGUAAGUCUCCUUCCCUGUUGAAUCUGUAUCUUUUGGACCUUAAUAUCAACUAGGAGGUUACUGAAUGCUAAUGUAAGCUGUGUUCUAAAUGGUAGCUGCUGGGCAGUCAAGUAUGUUUAAUAACAUAAAACAUUCAGUAUCUCCAUCUUUCUCAUGUUUUCAUUAUCCAUUGUCUUUACAGGCAGCUGGGAAAUCACCAAUAUUGAGGUUAAUUAGGCGUAUAACCAGCUGGUCAUAGGUAAUAUUCAAGCUUCCUCUCUUGAGUGUAGCCUCACAAACAGUCACUAUGGGAAUAUGAGUUAUUAAACAACCAAAAUAGGAUACAUGAAUUUUGAGUCCUUGUCACCUAUUUUUCCAUUUUUAAUUAAGCACUAAAUUGUAAAUAGCUAAAGAGGCCAUCAUUUUAUUUCUUUAUUUAUACAAUUUAUUUGAAAGGGAAAUUGAACAUUGGGUGGUGCAGCUUUCUGUUACAAACAAUCUAUAGUAACUGAUGUUUUUCAUAGAGAUAAUUGCUAUAGCUAGUUUCCAACUCCUGUCCUUAGUUCAGCUUUUAGUGAAUUUAAAGAAAAAAGAGAGAUAUAAAGAUGAAAGACACUAACAUGCAUACCAUAACAACUGCCCAAAAGUAAAAGAUAGAAAGAACAAACAGUGUUUUGGAAACAAAUACGGAAAAAAAAAUAAGUAGCUUUCCUGCAUUUUAUACUUGGUUUCAUAUUGAAAGUGAAUUAAACUCAAGUGCACUUAAACCAUAGUUUUGAUUUUGUUUGAAUGAUCCACUUAAGGCUUCAAAGUCAGUAAAAAAUUUGGAGUAGUUAACAAAUUGUUGUCCUGUACAAGUGGUCUCUUACUUAAGCUAAACUGAGUUGGCUCAACAGGAAAACAUUUGCUCUGUUCACGGUAAUUAAAUGUCCAAAAACAAGUGGGUUUAAAUUCCAAAUACAAGAGCCUAACCAGAGUUAAUGAUGUCAGUUUUGAAAAAGAUUUUGGCAUUUAUGUAUAAAGUUCUUGGAAAUCAAUCAGAUUACACUAAAGCCUGAUACUAUCAGGCAUUUCUAAAGGUUUAGUAGAUUGUCAUGUAUAUUGCUGUAUGAUAUUAUUGUGUCACAGAUAUUGUGUCAUCUGUUCUGGGGAGGAGUGAGGCAGGAUUGUCGAUGACCAGCUCUCCCUGAGUGCAGAAGAACACAAAUAUUUCUGUGUGUAUUCACACAGACAGCACAGUGUGUCUACAGUACAGUACUCACCGCAAAGGAAGAGCUGAAUAAACAAGAAUUUCAUCAGCCUGACUGCACACAGCUGCUGCUUUAGAUCACCACAUCAGCUGGGAUACAUUCCUGUGUGUCUAACUGAAUCUGUGAGGUGACCAGAGAGUGGAAAAAACAACAUGAAAGUCAAACAAUUGGCUUUUUCCAUUUGUGUUUGUCUCCUGCAGCAUCUGAGGACUCAUCCAGUAAUGGGAUGUCUGGAGAUAGCUCAGGAUUUGAGGAUACUGCAGCCUUCCCCCCACCUCCCCCACCCACUGAAAUCAGCCUCCUGGAGCUGCCACCCAAGUUGCCGCCUCCACCUGGAAGUGAGUCUUUCCAAAUCAGGGAGUUAGAGAUCUGGCCCAGCGUUUCAGCCCUGCCUCCUGUGCAGAUGGGCUCAGAGGUGGACGAUAAAGGCCAGGGGUCCAUACAGAAUGGCCAACCUACAAAUCCACCAGCUCCACCAAGUCCCCCCAAGGCAGCUACCCCACCACUGCCUCCUCCUCCACCUCCACCUCCUCCUUCUCUGCCACUACCUGAUCCAGUGACAGAAUUCCCAGCUAAGGCACAAAGUCCAGCCCAGUUGGCACCAGACUCACCUACUCCCCCAGGCAAGCUGUCUCCAUCCCCUGGGAAAGAAGGUCCUCCACUGCCGACCAAGCCUAAACCAAAGCUGUGAGUACCUGAGUGUCCACAUGUGUCUGUGCCCCGAGGGGAGGCUAGUCACCAGGGAGGGCUGGUAGAGGGGGAGAAAAGGUGGAAAUGGUAGUGUCUCAGCUUUGUGAAAGGGUUAACAGGGAAAUCCCAGACCUUUUUGGGGACAAAAGCAUUCCCCUGUCUUUAUGUGGGUGUCAAUGUGGCAUCAUGUUUGCCAGGGCGAGUCUGCCAGCUGCCGUCUGUCUGUCUGUCUGUCUGUGGCUGUAAACAGAUCUGUGAGGCUUUUGCUGGAUGGCUCCUAUUGUUUCUGUCUGACCCCAGCUCCGGACAGAGGCACUGUGUGUUGUUGUUUUUUUCCUGAGCACCUUUCUGUGAGCUCUGCAGGGAUCAGGUAGGAUGUCCCUGUUAUUAGAAGAGAGUGGAGUAUUGAAUGGAUUUAUUUUCAAUAGUCCUGUGCUUUCAGAUGUCUGCUGUAGACACGGGUGAAUUUCAGUCCAACUUGUAGAUACAUUUCUUUUCCAGUUUUGAGUAAAUAUUUGUUUACACAACAAAGAGGAUAUCAGAGGUCACUUCCAAGUAAUAAAGACAGGAAUGGGGAAAAAGAGAGAGGAUAAGGACGGGUGAUCUUAUUACCACACCUGUGCAUUUUAAUACUUUCAGACUUUCACAAAGAACUUGAUUGGGGUGAGCCAUGCUUGCAAUGUUGGACUGUCUAAAAGUUGAUUGGUGGGCUAGUUGGCUGGCUAGUUAGUUUGUUGGUUGGUUGGUUAGCUGACUGAUUGUUUGACUGUUUGUUUUGUUUGAGCCUUUACAUGAAACUUUCAGUUUAAACAAGUCGUGUCAAAAGUCGGUGAUCACCUGACUCUUGUGUUACAUGUGCUUAUGUGUUUUUUCUGUUCCGUUCUUUCUAUAAAUGUCCUUGAAUUUGGCAGAACUCACUUUAAUGGGAACAAUAAUUGCACAGGUUUUUAAUUCCAUAACUUUCUUAGUGUUGGUUCUCGCAUUGCACAGAGAAUUUCCGCUGCAUGUUUAGUGACUUUGUCCCCAGCUGAUAGAAGUUACUGCCUUUCAAAUGUCUGUGUACGUACAUUUUAUGGCUUUUUAAUACCAUGCCCCCAUUCAGUGCUGAGAGUAUCAUGGAGAAGAGAGAAAAUUACAGGUUAAUGUUUGACUGUGAAGGUGAUGCUCUGGAUGUGGUUUGACAGCCUCAUUAUUCAAACUCUCAUGGAAACAAACACAGACAAAUAUAAAUUGCUUUACUUUAAUGAUGCUCCAAGCAGUGGUUAGACGAGUUUAAUUCGAAAUCAGCUGAUCGAUUAAAAAAGACAUACAGCUUGGUCUGAAUGAACGCAUCUGGUGUGUUGCUGAGCUUUACCACAGAAAGAGAAGCCCCUUUUCUAUAUGGAGUUUAAGUUCUUUGCAUGUACAUACUACAAUAAAUGUUUAUUUCAAACCACAUAUACGGCACAAGGAGAUUUAUAGACUUGUUUUUGAUUUACAGCUGGCUUCUGUUUCAAGAUAAGGUUGUAAAUCCGCUUCUCUCAGUAUUUAUCAGCAAUAACAACUGAAUUUAAAGCCAUGAACAAUCUGCUCCUGACUGUAGGGCAAUUAGACAGCAUAGGCCAUCCCUCUCACCCCCUUCCCUUUUAACUACACAGUAAAAACAACAACCCUGCCAUUAACCAAAGGUCACACUUCUUCCAGGCAGCGCUUGGUGUCCUCAGGUAAUGUGUGAACACAGACUGACCUCUCUUGACCUAAGAAAACCUCCUCAAGCUUAUCACUGAGUUCAUCGUAUCCUGUUUGUCGUGUGGCGUACCCAACUCAGACAGCCAGACAAAUAUUGCUUCUUCUCUUUGAGCCACAUGGUGCUAUGAAACAGAGCACAGUAAAUCCUGCAGCCUUUGAAAAGGAUCUGGCUUUGUGACUUUAUUGCUUCUUCGUUUUUUGAAACAUUUUACUGGAGUUUGGUUUAAUAAGCACAGAGACUUUCUUAGUUCUUCUCUAGUGAAAAGCCAUAAAUUUUACAGACAAAAUGGAAACUAUUUUUAACACAAGGCAAUAUUGUGGUGAAGCUGGAGUGCUAUGCUUCAUUCACACAGAGGCAGAGGGAUCAGUAUAGAUGAGAGUUGACAGAUCACCCCACUUGAAGCCUACGAUCUUCCCUUUCAUAAGAAGAAUCAGGGACCUACUGUAUGUCAUUUUCUCCUAUUUAAAUAGCAAAAUGCUGCCUUAAAAGCAAUCAUGUUUUCUACCUACCAACAUGCAAUCCUAUUCUUUUAAACAUAUAAUGUAUAAAUUAAUACAUUUUCAUAAUUUCAUACCAUGGUCUGUCCAGAAAGCAUACCCUGGCUCCUUACUGUACAUCAAGUUUCCGCACAUGUAGCUUAGCAUCACAGUUGGGCAAAGACUACUGAAUAUGUCUUUGGAAAGUAUUUAUUUCCAAGUGGGUAUUUCAUUUGUAUCUUUUCAGUUUUUGGCAAAGAAACUUUUUUUUCUCUGAAUACCUUUGGAUAUUUUUAUUGGACAAAAAUUGAUGCACAUUCAACCCAUCCAUCUGUCUAUUUAUUAAUUUUGUCCUGCUUUUCUUGAGCCGGGUUGUGAUAAUAGUCGGUUUAGCAUGUCCCCCUGUUAGAUCGGUGUUCUCCAGCUCCUCCUGGAUUUAUUCUGGGGUGUUCCCAGACCAAAUAGGCUAUAUAGUCAGCACACUGGGUGUCGCUGAGGUCUCCUUCAAACUGGACUUGCUCAGUAAACCGCCAAAGGAAAGUGCCCAGGAGACAUUUUAGACCCAGUCCACAUGUAUGUUUUCCUCCUCCAUUUUCAAAGAAACGACAGUGCAUAAAAAUGAUAAAUGCUCACAAAUAUUGUGGUCAUGUGUAUUACGCAUCGCAGUUCUGUACUGAACAGUCUAUGUUGCAGUGCUGUGAAUCAAAGACUUAAAAAUGAUGUAUUAAAUUGCUCUGGACUGUGUUAAACAAUGAAGAACAAGUAGUUUUCCUCUUAAACUUGCUAUUAAACUGAGUGCUAAACAGACAUCUGCCAACUUGGUGCAUUCACUAAAUACAAACAAUAUUUGCCAUGCACAACUUGAGGUAAUGACAACAGCGUGUUCUGAAAUUUUCACUUUUGGUUCCCGCAAAAAUAUACAGAGAACAGAGUUUUUAUAAAUCACCACUUUGAAAGAUGUUUUCUGCAAAACCUCAAUUUUUAGGGAACUAGAAGUUUUUUGGCUUGUGUACUUAAGGCAAAAGCAACACAAAAACAUCUGCCUGUGAGUGGAGUACACCUCAUAUAGAUAUUCUAAGGACCUAAAGUGAGUCCUUUUGAUGGGGAGAAAUUGCAACUCUACUUCAGGAUCCCCCUGAAUGUCAAAACUCCAAAUCCAGUCACUGAGGCUUGGCCCAGACACAGUUUGAAGGAAGUACCUUCUAGCUGCUUGUAUUCAUAAUCUCAUUCUUUUGGUCGUGGCCUAAAGUUUAUAGGGUCUUUGGACUUGGGUUGGAACAUGGGUCUACUGGUAGAUUUGGAGCUUCACUUUCGGGCCUGCAGUGCCUGCUGUACAGCUUACUUUGCACCGACAAAUCUGUCAACCAAGUGAUCCAAUUUACUCUCAUUCCUGAUGCACAAUCCAUAUGGAAGAUAUUUAUCUUUGUUCCAACAAAUGAGCUGUACCGGUCUCUCAAAUCCUUGCUUGGUCUGGCAGGUCCUGAACCAGUCUGGCUCUGAUAAGGGUUAUUUCUUACACUUUAAUUUGUCUAGAUUUCUACACAUUUAAGCUUAAAGCACUAACUCAAUGUUACUCCUGUAAAUAUCCCAGAAAAAUGUUUCAAAGUCACAAUUUUUGAAAAGACAGGUGUAUUAAAUAACAUCACCAUCUUUAUACCAGUGUUUAUAGCCAUUGGAGAGGUGUGUAUGUAUUCGCAAAGCUAGAAUAAAUGGUUUAAAAUCAUAGAAAUAACCUUGUGGAAAGCCUAUGUAAGACAUGAUUUCUGCUUCAAUAACACUGGGCUGAUGAGAUGGAGGAAGUGGUUGUGUGACUUGGCAGUCAGAGGAGACGGCAGGAGACCUGAGCUGUGAAAAUAGAGCUGCUGUUUUUCUGUGCUGCAGACAGAGAGCACAGGGUUGGUAGGUAUUUGGGUCUGAUGCCUGGCGUUGAUGUCAGACGUCAGGACAAGAAUCAGAGGAAAUUCUCAGGGGAGAGGCUCGGAUUGGCCAGAUGGACCUGGUCCAAGAGGCAGGUCUGGAGAGAAAGCAGAAGUUUACCACAUGGUGGCGAGGAGAUGGGGUGAAAAUUGGCAUCACCAUCUCAUCGUAUGUCCCUGUAGAUCUGAGCUUCUCAUGGUGCAUUUAUGCAAGUAAUGAUUUACAUGCAACCGAAUCAUGUUUGCUUACUUGCUUAAGUUGUUCAGUUUUAAAAAGCUUUCAUAUUAAACUUCUAAAAUUACCAAGCCAUGUGCAUACAGUCUUUUGUUGCUCUCUUGGGUACUGCUCUGAGAAUUAAGCAAACACAGCAAAAAAGACUUGGCUAAGAUUACCCUGUGCUUUAAGUUUGUAUGUGUUAUGUAUGGAAACUGAAACCUAGCUUAGGGUGCUACGGAGAACUAUGAAAGAAGUGACCGCCAUGACUCGCCCUUUGGUUUGUGGACUACCAUCUUAUGGCCUCAAAUUGUUUUUUUUUUCUUUUCAGUCCCAGUUUUGGUUUUUCUUCUGGACAAAAAUGACCAUGUUUGUAUAAAUUAAACAUACAUUUUUAUCAACCAUCUAAUGCAUAUACCAAUAUGAAACUUACAGCAGGAAGAAACCCAAUAACAUGGUAGAGAGAGUUAUGGUUUAACCUGAUUUAAAAAAAACACAGCACCCCUCUUUUCAGGACUUCAAGUGUUCAGCUGUCCACACACAAAUAACUAAAGCCUGUUCAGACAUACAACUGGGAUUUUGUGCAAAUUUUUAAGCCCCAUGUCCUUCCAAAUCAGAUGAUGGAAGCCGUGGACAGGAAGGUGGAUAAGGAGGCAAGACAUGAUAUCAAAAGCACAUUGCAAAACAUCAUAAUGUUUUGAUACAGAAACCUACGCUAUGGUGAUCGUUGUUGCAUUUAUUUUAUAGCAAUAUGUUGGGUUUCCACCUGCUGUGUUUGCAUGUGCAUAAUCCUGCACAUGCCAACCUACGUGUGUGUAUGUUAAUAGUUGAGAUUUCAGUACUGCUGGGGUCAAUGUCAGCUUUCCUGUAUUGAUCAAUGUAUGAUUGCACAAAGUGGAGUUUCACAAGAGCAUUUUGCAUUUCUCACUGUCAUUUCAGUUAAAUGCAUGAAGUGAAACACAAACUUUUGGCUUUGUGUUUUAGCCCUGGCCUGUCAAAGAAGAAGACAGUGCAGCACAUUGUAGGUGCGACCAGCCUGAUAUUGACAGUGAUAAUAGGGGUGAAGCAUUAUAUUACAGUCUAUGAUGAUAUGUGGGUGAGUGUUAGCAAAGGCAACAAUUAUCCUCGGACCAUUCCAGGGCUUCAUCUGUCCUUCAUAAGAACAGGAAUCUGCUCUGACAGUCCAAAGUGCUUUCUUGCACAGAUUUCAAUCCACAAAAUGCUUUUAGUGUCUCGGAUAACUUUUUUUCUUUUUUUUUAAAGGAGCACAUCUCAGCCUUUACUCACAACAACAAUUUCUUAACAGGGCCUUAAGUCUUUAUUUUCAAUGUCAUCUUUUUCUCUGCUGAUUUUGACCUUUCAGGACUUCUCGUCUAAUCCAUACUGAGAAAACCACAAAUGUAAUACCAAUUGUUGGAUUAAAUGCCUUGGAGUUGUUCACAUUAACAACCAAGAUGUCCAUCACGGAUUAAAGGAACAGUGCAUAGAAACUAGGGAUGUGAAUCUCUCCCUUAGACUUUCCAACUAGAUGUGGUCCUUGAUUGGCAACAGAAUCCAAGACAAAUUUGUCCUUUUAAAGAGAAGUCAUCAUGUUCAUUAAUUUUCCAUGAGACAGAGUAGUAGCCUGGCUGUAUAAUCUGAAAUAGUAAUAAAAAGCUGGUCUUUAUCACACACCUGUACUCAGUUGGCUCUCUGCAUAUCUAGACCUAGUUUCUGCUAAGCACUGCAGAACUUAAAACAAAGAAUUUAUCUCCAAGUUAAAAAAAUUAAAGCCAAAUAACAAUGAAAUUGGAAAGAAACAAACACAGAGUGGCAGAGCUCAUCGUGUCAUAUUAGACAAAAGAGUAAUAUUAUUUAUAUCGUAAUAACAAAAACAAUCAAAAAUAUUUUUUUCUUUUCUAUUUAAAGCUCCAGUAAAGGACUAAGAAUAAGCAUAAGAAGAACGUUAUUAAUCCCCGAAGGGAAAUUCAAUUGUCUGUUGUCUCACAUAAUAUGUCUCUAAGUUAUCUAUAAUUUACAUAAGAGUUAUAAAGUCUGAUGGCUGUUGGUACAAAAGAUCAUCUGAAUCUUUCUGUCCUGCAGCGAAGAGAGAGGAGCCGUCCACCACCGUUGGCCCUUUGGUCCAUCAAGGUGUUGUGAAAUGGGUGAUCCAUGUUCUUUAGAAUAGUCUCCACCUUCCUCAGUGUAGAUCUCUCCACCACAUCCUCCACUGAGUCCAGCAUGAGUCCUACCCCAGAGCCAGCCUUUUUCACCAGUUUGUUAAGACGUCUUGCAUCUUUGUGGUUGAUGCUUCCUCCCCAGCAGACUGCAGCGUAGAACAGCACAUGCCUUUGAAAUGUGCUGUCUCUCUGUGUAAACUUUGACAUCCCCUGUGGACUAAGUGGUAUUUAACAACAACAACAACAAAAAUUUCCGCCUGCUGACUUUUAUCAGUCACUGACUUUUAUUUUGAAAUUUAUCAGCCACUGUUGCUGUUGGAAGAAGUGACUAAGACUGUUUCUUAAGAACACCUCCCCCCUCACAGCAGUUACAGGCAUUUAAAAUCACAGGAUUGCAAAUGUCAGUCUUGUCAUCAAUGGUCUCAUCUGCUUUUGUACACCAUAAAGAUGCAUCCUUGUUCAUAAUGUCUUUGGAAAUUCUUUCCUUUGUUGGAGACACAUUUUUGUCACAUUUGCUUUAAUGCUGUCAGAGCAGAUUUUCACAGUAACAAAGAUUAAUCCACAGUUAUCACUUCAAAUGUCACAGUAAAACAGCAAUUAAAUGAGCAGGAGAUGUUGUGCUGACUCUAAACUCCUCUGCAUUGUGGCGAGGAAGGGUGUUAGAUACCGGGGACUGCAUGUUCAUCCCUAGUUGAAUUGGUAGUAUUUAGAAACAUUUAGAAGUCCCUCGCCCACUGGUGAAGCAACGGUGGCCUUUGAGGACAAGAAGCUCCUGUGAUGCAUCAUAAGUAUGACCCUCUCUUUGUCAAGUUUUUACCGUUAAAAAAAUCAAUCAAUACAAACUUUUUAUUUUCAAUACACAACAACCACUUUCUUCUUCUUCCUUGUCCUCACAUCAGUGCAUUUCAAAUUUCCACUCACUGAAUACAAAAACAGCUCCAGUGAGGCACGAAAACACAGGAGCCCAGCAACAGUGUGACACCAUGUGCAUCAAUUAUGUUUCUAAGCUCUGUAUACUUACAGACGACAGUGAUAAAACUGAGUAAUGGCCUAAUCCACUUUAAUGUGGACUGAAUGCACACAGCUUCGACCUUUACCUUUGACAUAAUAGCCGUGCUCCAAUGAUUGAAUAAUUUCUGCAGUAGCUCCAAACCUCUUCAGCCCCAGUGAGGCUGUUGUCGGGGGAACUGCAUGCAAACUGAAGGCAACAAACUCCUUGUUGCCAGCAGCUCUCACUGGUCUCCCACUGUAACACAAACACACACACACAUACACAGCUCUUGUGUUACAGUGGGAAGCGACAGUUUGCUUUCUGUUUCUUUUAAAGUAAGACUUCUCUACUGAAAUUUAAGAUCUUUUGGGUUGAAUGAGACAAUGUGUAGAUUCCGUCUGCAUGGCUAAGCAAAGAGCUGUGGCUGCCAGGAUUUGUCGCAUAUCUGCACAGUGACUCAGAGCUUCCUCUUAGCAGUGUGUUUGUGUUUAUGGGGUGCAACUCAUGAACUUGCUAAUGAAGUAUUAACAAUCACUUUCUUGUUGAGGUGUUACUCGUGGUUUUAUGGAGAGUGAGACACAUGCUUGGUUGAGAAACACAUAUGGUACCGGCUACACACUGAGAGCUUUACUUGUGGUUCCUCGGGGUUAUCGCAAGUCCAAUUAAAAAUGGAAGUGAAACUGUGGAUUAGUUCCCUGAUGCAUAUUCUUGUUUUCAGUGAGUUUAACAGAAAAACUUUGUACAAAAGAAUAAAGAGAAAGAUGAAAUCACAAGAGACAGAAGAGAGCAAGAAAAGCCGAUAAUUUCACAUUAAUCUCCAGAGUCAGAGAGGGGCAGUCCUUAAAAGGACAUGGGAGACACAGGAUUGGCUGAAACACCACACUAACUAAUGACUGGAUUGGUCGUUCAGGCUAGAAUGACCUGCAUGGAAUGGAGAAACUUUCCAAAUAAGGAAGAGAGUUGUCGGCGCUGACCUUCACAACACAGACAGGAGGAGGCUGGAGAGAAAAGAGGGGAAGGGAACGAUGAAAAGACACACAGAGAGAUGAGGGGAGAAAGAGAGAGAGAGAAAGAGCAGGGUUGGGAGUGACAGCAUGGAAACUAACCGUACUCAGUGAUCCCCUCGUAGAAAGCAGCCUAUGCUUCCCAGGAAAGAUCAUCCUGCGAUGUUAAACACAGAGAAACACACCCGGUAGUUAUGGUGUGCUCACUAACACACACAAACUUGGAGGAUCACAUUGUUUCCGGGUGAGGUCGAUCCUCCUCUUGGAUCCUGACCCUGCCGUUACUGCGAGCCAUGUGUGUGUUUGUAUGUGUGGCUGCAUGUGUGGUAUCAGCUGGGCUUCCCUUUAGACACACUCCCAGUCAAACCACUUCCACUUGUUGAUGUUAAUUAGUGGGUGUAACAUUGUGUGUACACACUAAUCUCAUGACACCGCUGUCACCAAGAGCACUGAGAAGAUUCCCGCUGACUCGCCUCAGAGUCUGUGAGUCAACAUGAAGAGGAUGACUCGCACCUAUAGACGCAGGAAGACCCUCCCCUCAUAACUCUGUCUGAUUUUUUCCCCUUUAUUCAGACACUGUCAAACUCAGACUUACAACUUUACACACACACAGCACCCCUGGCCUCCCACUGUCCAUCAACACACUGUGACUCACCAGCAGCCAGAAAAAACACACACCGAACUCUAAAAAUAGAGACAUUCUCCCCUAAAAAUAGAAAUGAUGAAUUUCCACAAAAGGUUUUGCUUCAUCCCACAAAAAUUCCUUUAUUGAGAAACUGAAUAUUUGUGAACAUCAUUCAGUGAAUGGAACCAGAUCUUUGUGGUUGUGAUAAGCUUGUUUGCAUCAUAGGGUGCACAUAUGUCAGCCGCUGGUUUGUAGAACACCAAGUUUGGUUUUACAAGCCAGGAGGACCGGUAUCUGAAUGAGAGGUUGGAAAGGUAUCGCUAUGUCUUUGUCUGCUAAUAGAGGGAUGUUAGACAAGCUAAAAACAGGCUCUGAACACAGUGUUCUUAACCUUUAUUACCCCGCUGUGUGUAAUACUUGACUCUGGUUCGUGAAAAGCCCAUAACUACUGUAAUUAAUGCUCAUUAGUAGAAAUGAUGCCUGGAACAACCUGAUCAUACUCGCUACAUGAAAUCAAUCUGCCUGUUGACACUGUGGCAAAAACGUUAGUCUCUGUCUCAAGCUGGCCCUAAGAGUGAGAAAAUAGAAUUUGUGAGAGCAGCCUGAGGAGCUACAGAACCCCAAAUUCCUGUCCUGCAAUCUGUGCACCAGCUAAGUUAAUUAAACCAUAAGAGAUUGUGAUGAUAGCAACAUAUUGUGACCAAGGGCUGUUUAUUAAAUUGUUAGUGUUUAUUGACUGUAGAGCCAAAAUACCCAGAGCUCCCCGCCUUAACUAAUUGACUGCAGGUUAAACCUUAAAUUAAAAUCCUCGUCACACUUUCCUCGAAUAUGAUUUCUGUCAUUAUAGUUAGGUCUUCACUUGCUGGUUUAUGUCUGUGUUCAAGCUUGGUAAGAUGUUUGAUUAUACUAAGAUAAUUGAUUGACCAUUCUGUUGGCAAACGAGGCCCUUGCAGCAUUCUGCACCAGAUUUGCAGAGUAAAGAAGCGAAGACAAGAGGAAAUGUAACCUACACUAACAUAAGAGUCAUUGAACUUUUAAAAGUCAAGAAUGUCUACUUCAGAUCAACACAGGAAUCUGUUCUGCAGUGGACUGACCCACCAGAAAGAUCUAGGACGUAUAAUUUUUAAGUUUACUGUGUGUUUUGAUGAACAGAAAAGGUCUGACAUAAGUCCUGCAGCUCUACCAGCCAACAGCUUCUGUCCAUGCCUCAGCUGUACUGGUGAAAUAUGUAAGUGUCUAUGAGGGACUUUAUAUUUUGGCCAAACAGUUAAUGGUUGUGAUCUUUGCCUCCUUGUCAGCUACAAAGCACUGAAGAGGUUUUGUCCAAAAGGGGCGCACAUCUGAGAGUAAGUGCAACACAUAUCAUUUAAUAAAUGCCAGAAAUUAUUUUAAACCUAAUAAAAUCAUCUAAUAAACACUUCCAUUUAACAGGCAGAAACCUCGAGUAGGACCACAUUCAUGUUAGACUGUCAUCUGCCACUAUACUGUGUUGGGAUUAAGGAUUAAUUACCAUAAAAUGCUAAUAAUUAACUUUUCUAGCAGGUCGAGGCCACUCUGUGUGGACACUGAGAUAUGGUUAUACCAAUUUUGAAAAGUAUAUAAGAGAAAAAAGUUGUUUUGCAGUACAUGAAUUGAUAAAACUCAUCAACAAACCGUCAACUUCCCAUCAUGUUAAUGACUUAUAAGACAUGAAGUCGGCAAACUGGGUACCCAAUUCUGUCCUGAGCUGGCACUCACAUGUAUUUUGUAACUCAUGUUGUUUUCUAAUGCAGCCAAGACCACAAAAUUACAGCAAAUAUCCUUUACAAGUUACAGACCAUACCUCAAGAUACCCCUCAGUAUUACAGAAGGCGCCACCAUUUUCAACACGCUGUGGUUAUAGUUAAACAAUUAAUGAUUGUUGGAGAAACUUUAAAUAUAGUCUUCCUUAUUGUUUAAGAUAAGAUACAACUUUAUUAGCCCCACAAGGGGAAAUUCCCACAAGGGGAAAUUUAACUGACUGUAUUUACAAAAUCACUGUUGUACUGUUUUGAAGAGGACUGAAAAUAAGCUGAUAAGCUGAAACUGAAACUUCUGGACAUCUUAACUUUCAGGCUUUUUUGUAACCUCUCAGUCAUUGAUAAUAAUGGAGCAUUAAGAUUAUUUAGUUUAGGCUUAACAUUUGAACCCUGUUGCUGUGUCUACUUCUCUCAGCCUGUGUUUAUUGCAUGUGAAGUGAGUGACACUUGGACUCUCUGGCCAUCACUCAACAGUUCAACAGCUCAGAUACAAUAGGUAUUAUUAAGAAGUUUGAUAUUUCAUAUGCAUGGCAGGAAGAUAAUAGCUCCUGUGAAGAUAAUGUUUCUGUGUAUAAAGAGUUGGGAUUUUAUUUCCUUUCAGGACGUUGGUGCAAUUCUUAUUUGACAAUGAGAAAACUCAAUUCGUGUCACUUGAGACCUAACAAAUUGUUAAGAUGAUAAACUUCUCAAUUUGUCUUCAGUCCUCUCUCUUCAGUCAGACUGUCUUUUAGUAAUCUAGGAGACAGUUUAACACAAAAAGAUAAGAAACAGCAACGGAUACUCUGUUGGUGUCUCAGAUUCACUAAUUUUUCUUCCUAUUGAGACUCUGUUAGCUGUUUUUUAUUUUUGCUUCCUGACUCCUGGCUGGAGGGAAGUUCCUCGGUCAGGAGCCACAGAACAGUAGAGGGCUGGGCUUUUAUUCUGAAAGGGUUUGGUUUCAGAUGGGCUGGGAGCCUUUAUUGUGAAGGGGAGGGGCUCCGACUGACUGACUCAUGCAGGGAAAGAGAGAGAGAGAGACUGCCUCUGUCACUGUCUGGCCGCUCUGCACUCUAUAUAUGCUGCUCAUACCUGGCAGGGCAGCAGUGCCUUAAGCUCCUGCAGGGAAAUAACAGAGCUGCAACACCAAGACACCACAACACUGAAGGUAAAACUUCAUCUUUUUCUUGUUGAGGACUAAUAAUUUAUUUAAACUUAAGUUGGACUGAUAUGGGAACAGAUAAAAGCGAACUUUCCCCCUUUUCCUCAACUUUAAAACUUUUGGGGAAACAAGUCUGUGUCUUAUUCUGUCUCUUUCAAUUUUAUUUUGUUUUAUUUUGUACUGAAAAGCACUGAAGCCCAAAACUUUGGCAUGUUACUUUAAUCAGGGAGUAGAGCAAUGAAGAAAAGAGGAAUGAUUGAGGUGGACGAAGGACCAUUUUCUUGGUGUUUCCCUGGUUAACAGCUCGGCAUGUUAAUGUUUAAAUCACAUGUUUUCGGAGUGGGUGUGUGGUUUGCUGGGAGCACAGAGAGGCUGAAUGUGACACCCAUUCAUUUACUGGAGGCUCAGGAAAGGUAGUGAGUUCAGACUGUGGACAGAAAGACAGAAGAAGGAGAAGGAAGAGGAGAGGAGGAGUAGCAUCUCUGUAAGGAGGCUCUGUGAGGUGGUUUUCCCUCGUUUCUUUAAAGUAGACAGCCUGUUUUUGUAUCAGGGUUGGUUUGUUUGCAGAGCUCCCCGCUGGAGUCAGACGGAUUAGUUAACACAAUAGGGACUGUUAAGUUAGAGAGCUUGUGUCUUACUCAGCUCUUACUCUUUCACUGACUUCAUUUCUCCUGAGCCAUCAUUUGCUUUCUGCUUCUUCUACCCUGUUCUCCUCUUCCUCUCCCUCCUUUCCUUUCCUUUCCUCUCCUCUCCUCUCCUCUCCUGCUGCUAAUCCCAUUUGAUGGCAAUGUCUUUCCCACUCCAGUUCAGGGAAGAAUGUCUUCAGCAUUCUUGCUAGAAAGAAAAAAAAAAAUACUCCCCGUCUUCUUCUGGUGGGGGGAGAGGAGGAGUGGGGCUGAGAGGGAGGGAUUGAUGGAGGUAGACAGAGAAAAGGAGGCCUUGCUGAUUGAAGAGAGCCCUCUUCACCUACACUUGGAUAUGAAAUACGAGCCCCUGAUAGAGAGCAGAGGGGGGGAAUAAAAGAAAGAAAGUAGGGCAGCCGUGAGCUGUUGGUGUGGCUGCAGUAAGAAAACUCUCUGUUUUAAAGAGAGGGGGGAAAGGAAAACAGUCUGGUUCUGUUUUAUGCGGUGUGUGUGCAAUUAGAGAACGAGGGGAGUGGGGGGGAAAGGGGCCGGGGUACCAAGGGAGGCAGAAAAUAAGUUUGGGACAGCAGAGGAACAAAGGCUGAGGACAGAGAAAACUUGUCAGCUGUCAAGGUAGAGUCUGCAGAUGGAGAAUCAAACCGUUUUUCAUGUCUGUAACAUAUUGGAUAUCAUGUGAGCAGCAGCAGCAGCCUGUUUUUUUCUGAGUUUUUGUGGGUCAAACAGCUUCUUAUAGUAUGAGCUGAAAUGUUUUUGGAAACUUGGGGCUCCCUAACUUGUCAAGAGAGGAGGGGGGAGUCAAGAAAGUGAGUGAUGUGUGUAAAACAAAGACCCAUUAGGAUUUUACAUUUGAACCCCCACAGUAAGAUUUUGAACAGCUUUUAUUUAUGACUUUAAAACUUAAAAUUUACUUCUGAUCUAUAUUUUUUUAAAGAAUCGUCCAACUGAGGCAUAGAGUCAGUAUGGUGAUGGUAAAUGGCCAUCCAACAUGAACCUGGAUCUGCUCAUUAAAAGGAAGCUUUUUCUUGCCACUGUAACUCCUUAAACACUGCAAAGUGCUCCGGUCAGGGUUUUGAUGAGAUAAGACUCUCGUCUGUAAGAUGGGAUAAAACCUUUCUUAAUGUUGUAAAUAUUAAAAGAAAGAGUCCGGUCUGUACCAGCUCUUUUUGUAGAGCCUCUUAGAUUACGUUUGUUGUGAGCUCAUUAAUGCAUCGUCUGUCCUGCAGAAGAUGCUUUGACUCGGAAGUUUGCAGAGCUUUCAUUUCUUUCUAUAGCAAGCAAGAAAACAGUUGCAUGUUCACACCAGAAUUAGUUGAAUAUGUGUAUUAAAGCUGCUGUGAGGACAUUAUGAACUAGACUAAAAUUCAUUUUGGUGCUUUUUUUAUGUUAAACAAAAGCAAAUAAGGCCAUCUGUGACAAAUUUCCUGGUUAUGUUUUUAUCUAAAAGCCUGAAAGCUGUGAUGGGGCAGGUGUCAUUCUCUUUCCAUUAGAUAUUCACAAAAAGGAUAUUUGAUUCUCAAAAGUCAGCAGGAGACACAACUUUAACAUGUGGAUGAUGAGAAAGGCAAUUAUUGCUCUGUCCACAGGGGGGUGCCAGAAUUGACAUAAACUGGCAGUUCCUCACAGGAGCUUUAACUAUAAAUUACAUCCUUCAUGUUCUUUCAUCAAAUAGUUUGUUUAAAAAGUAGUUUUUGGCCUCUGACCUAGAUCAAAUCUUUUCAAAUGCUGAGUACCUGCUUAUGAGAGUCUCUAUCUAGUACUUGUAUUUGACUGGAUAAUAGAGCUUCUAAUUUUUUUCAAUAAAAAUAACUAAAGUAAACAAUUUAGGGUACUCUGUUUCACUUAGUCCAGCUAGAAUUAUACUCAAACUCUCAUAUAAAAUUAAAAAUUCAACUCAUUAUGAUCUUAUAGCUUAGGUUUACUUGAAUAGUUAGUCAGAAAAAAGGACUCACAAAUCCACCUGCUAUCUCUAUCACCAACAUGAUGGGCUGAAUGUCCAGCGCAUACCAUCUCUAUGACCUUUCCACUAUUUUAAGGAUAUUUAUUCCUCUUAUUUUUAAGUCAGGACUAUGUUGUUUUUGCUUAGUAGCCUUUUCCUGCAGCUUUACUGAAUGCAGCAGAAUCCGUGGCAUGUAAGGUUGUAAGGUGUUACAUCAUUUUGUGUUGAACCUUGUGCUACUGCUGCUUGUGAAACAUUUAUACUGCAUAAUUUGCAAGGUAUUUAUACUGCAUUACAAUUGGCUGUAAGUGACUUGCCUGCCUGCCUGCAUUCAGCAGCAGAUUGUGUUCAGUUUGAGACAGCUGACAACACUGAUUAAAAUGUUCUGCUCAAAUUGACAAUCCUUAAUCUUUUUUUUUUUUUAAAUGCCACAAUCAAAAGUAUUCGCACUCUGAAGUGUUGGUGUCUGUCUCUUCUCAAGAUCCCCAUGUUGCUCAGGCUUUAAACACUUGUCUGGUGUGACAAAGUCUCACUAUCUCCUGAAAGUCAUGACACAUUUCCACCCAGAGAUGACAUAAACACACUUCCUCGUAUUGAUCAGGCCUUACGUAGGUCAGACGUAACAUGUGUUGUCGUGUAGACAGACAGUCUUACUCAUAGUCUGUGAGUCUGACAGUCAUUCAGACAGUCACUGUCAGGCUGCUUCUGCUCGAGGGCAUCAGACAGCUUCACAGUGACGUACUGUUGUGAUGAUGCAAUGUGAGAUGAGGAAAUACCUUGAACAGGUGCUGCACAAAAACACGCACCUCAUUUUGUGUGACUUAAAAGGUGUGUAAAUCAACAAUGUUUUGGUGACUAAAUCUCCUGCUGCUGCUGUCAUGAACUGACAGGCUGGUUCAAGCACCAUGAGUGUCAUGACCUCAGAGCUUGUGUUUGUACUGCAGGUGUGAUACAACCACAGCUCUGUUUGACUGUAAAUCAUUUACCAAUCACGAGGUCAUGUUGUUGUUCAGCUCCAGGUGUUUGUAGAAACACAUGUACAGAGGUGUGCUGCAAACACACAGUGCAUCUUUAGCCCGAGAGCUCUGUGAACACCCUGUCUUAAUUCUUUCCCUGCACCGCCUGGAAAAACUCCUAAACUCGCUCUUUCUGUUUAUAAACACCUACAGAGCCGGACAGAGAACAAGCACGUCUUAACCCCCCCAUGUUGUUGUUUACAGAAGGAAAGCCCUCAUUACUGACUAUGUACACUUAAAUACUUCCUGUCAUCAGCUGGCCGGGUCUAUAAAAGCGGCUCCGUCUUUUCCUGCAGCUGUGGAUAGACCUGUGGAUGGCGCACAGCUUGCUCGGUGUAACAGGGAUGAGUUUCUCACGCAGCCGGGUCAUUUUGUUCAGGAAGCACAAACAAGCUGCAGCAAGUAAACACGACUAUUUAAGAUGUUGAGGUCUGCAUUUAUCAAAGCAAGAUGCUGCUGGUUAAAACCUGCUGUGUCUGGCAUGUCUCGGGGUAAGGCCGACUGGGACAUCAUUCCCCUUUAAUUUAGUCGCUGUCAGACUGUUCCUGGAUUUACUUAAUGAGCUUUUAAAUGUAGAAACUGAAACAAACUUACUCAGACAAGGUUUAUCUAAACCUUUUCAAUUUCACUUUCUUUCUGUGCCUCAUUAAAGGAUUUGCAGAGAGGAUCCAGCCUGAGGAAAGUUUUUUUUAUUUUUUGCAGGAUAAAACUGGGAAGAGGUUGAUGCCCUUCCUUUUAUACCACCAGAAUUUGAGACAAGAAAGAGAGGCAAUGAGGGAGAAAGAAAUAAGAGUAGAGCUGUGUUGCAGAAUGACAGACAGCAGAGUUUGAGAGGUUUUCUCUCAAAGCAGCGUAGGGCGCUGUGGGCUGGUUGGCUCAGACCAGAGCAGAAAAACACAGAGCCGUUGACAUGGCGACAGAGGAACACUUCCCUCCUAACUUAGCCCUGCUCAGCCACAGGGUCAGAGAAUGAGAGAGAGCCAGGGAGUUCUGCUCUGCUUCUCAAGCCAUUUGUAGAUCUUGGUUUACCCAGGGUGCGGGUCAGGAUUUAGCAGAGCUCAGCUGGGAUGAAAGGACAGGACACAGUCUGCGUAUACGGCGGUCUUGUCCUGCACUUUGUGGUCGAAGCGGUCUGGAUGAUCAGAGCCUGAGGCUGCAGGGUCCACAGAGUCUAGAAAGAUCCAGUUCUAUGCUUGAUGUAAAUCCUUGAGUGGGCUAUAAAGCUAUUCAUGCAGCUGCAAAUUAUACAAGCUGACCUUCUUAUGCACGGUCAAAUAUAAAAGCUGCCAAAAUUGCAAACCAAGUAAUUCGACUGUGAAUCUGCUGACCUGUGUUUGGAUGAUUUUAAUGCAGAUGGACAAAUUGAUUGUAAAACUUUAUUGUCCUCCCUGAAUCUGGGGCUUUAUGACCAACAACAAAUGAUCAUAUUUUAUGAUCAUAUCUGGCAGUUUGAAGUGUGUCCCCUCUUGGUUCUCAAAGAAAAGAUAUAAUUAAAAAUGUAUUACAAACUGGUUGCACAGAGAAGUGUGAUUGUGCAUAAGUCUGCCAGAAAAUGAACUUGCCUUUCACUUGAUUGUUGAAGCCUGGGCUAGGUUGAGCACAUUUUCCCUCCCUUUCCUGCACAUACAUGAGAAGCCAAGGCAGGGAGAGCAGAAGCAAAGACAGAGCAAGCCUCAAUGACAAUGCAUUUCACAGAAAAGAAAAACAGACAGGGUAUUAAAAGAAGGGGCCUGAAUGGAGGCAGGUUGCAAAGUGGUUUGCAGAGGAAACUGCAAGGAUAGUCAGGCCAAUGCAGUGUAAACUUAUUCAACAAGUUAAUGUUAGUUUUAAUGCAUGAAAGCAGCUGCAAUCACAGGGAUCAGGAACCUUAGAUGAACUCAUUAGUUUCACUGCAUGUACCAAAGUUUUAGAGCAUUACUUUCCCCCUUUUAAAAGAUCUCACCUCGGGAGGUUGAUGUUUAUUAGAGUGCAGAACUGUCAGGGGAGGGUCUUGGAGUGCUGCAGUUCAGAUUAGUUUUAUUCUCUAAGCAUUUUAUAGCAUCACAGACAUUUUUAUGUUGUGUUAUCACAUGCAAAGAUGUCAUGUGAAGCAGAUAAUAUAGUCACUGUCUUCAGACAGCACUGAGGAGCUAGAAAUCGCCAAUCUGAAGGGCUCUCAGAUCUUUGAAAAGUGUCUCUAGGUCUGGAAGUUUUUUGCCCUUUGGUUGGAAACACCCACCUGUACCUGAUGGUUUAUUUUAGAGUCAAAGUAAUGACCGACUGGAGUUCCCUUCAGGUGCUACAAUGGCCAUUUAUAUAGAGAAAUAAUGUAGUGCUGCUUCUAGCCUUCCAAACAGGUGACUGCCAGAAUACCGAGCUCGGGGCUCAGUCCACAAUCCAGUUGGUGUCAUAACAGCGUCUACAUCCAUGUCUUAUAAACAGAUCUUGAUUUUGAUAAAGCAUUAGAGGUGUCGUGUCUUUAUAUAGAAAGAUCCUUUUAUGGCAAAGAAGUGAUCAAAGUUUCAGCUGGUUAACAUCCACCCUUCCUCCUGCUCUAGAUUUAUAUCCAUAUACCUUUGCCAAAAACAUAGGUUCAGUUUCAAACAGAGCUGUUUCCCUCAGUCUUAUCUCUCCUGUCAGAAACAUAAAGGUCUCUGAGGUCCUUCAUGCUGAGGCAGUAAAGCCAUGUGUCGGGUUGAGGGAGAUGAGGCUCUGAGGAAAUUAAGUGUGUUUCCUCUCUGCUGGAGCAGACGGGCAGGGUGCUUCUCCCCGACGCUCCAAGAACACAGCCAAAAAAGGAAGCAGAGUGCUGCGAGUCUCAUGAGCUGCCAAACUAUUCCUGUAAAAGCUCUCUUUUGGUGGAGAGGCCUGAACAGGAGACGUUUGGAGAAUGCACAGAAAGAAUGUAUACAAAAAGGAGGACACACGUUGGAUCAAUUGUGUGCUUUUGUGGUCUGGAGAAGGGAAACCAGGUUCGGACAAGCUGGAAUGAUCAUGGUGGACUUUUUAGAGCUAUUUAUUUGGGUCUGUGCAGCUCCCAGGAGGCAAGCAUUGGACCAAAAUAACUGGCUAGGACAGCGUAAUCAGUCAUGUAGCUGUUGGAUUGUGAGGGGAUUUGUUUCACUGUCAGGUCUGUAAAAUACUCACUGGUGUUGUUUGCAAAAAGAAAGAAUACAGGAGGCUGAGGGGAAGGGGUUCUUUGCAAUCUCACAAAUGAAAAAUAGUCGACAGACUUUGCUGAUUGUUCAACAUCUGGAAAAGAUUUGGGCACGAGAACUGGUCCUGGUGGACUCCUGACAACAUGCAGCACUGGGAUGGACUGUAUAUCCAGAGCAGACUGCCUGUGAAGAACUCAUCAGCCUCACAUACACAUAGCGGUUUACUCUGAGAGUUUAUAACUUCCCAAAGAGUCUUGUCCUCCUUCUGGUCCUCAUGGAGAUCCUCCAAAAGUUCCCCUCUGUUUUUUUUUAAAUCCCCCCCAUGGUGCUGUUCGAGUUUGUCUCAUUCAUGCGAUGAGAAAAUAAAAUGUUCAAAGCUGAUGACAUUACAAACUUUAUGCCUUCCUCUCCCACACAAUGACGUGACUUUACAGUGAAUCAACCGAUCUGCGGGGGAGAGAAAGGAUAACCACACCUCUCUGAGAAAACACAAUACUUCAUCACCACAACCCAUCCCCGGCAAAAUGACACCACAACUUUACAAAUUUUGUUUUUCUUUCAUUACAAUGCCAUUCAGGGCCACACCUCGACCUCAGAUAGAAAAACAUCAUACCUGACCCCUGACUCUGAGCUGCACUGUUACAGUCUGUUAGACGGUUAAAAUAAACCGAGUUGUUUUUCACUUCUCUCCUGAUUGCUCUACCACACAAGAUGUAUUAUUGUCAACAGGCUGACUGCUUAACAGGUCUUUGUUGAGGCCCAAAGGCUGAUAACCUAUCAGUGUGAGCGGCUGCUGCUGCUGUGGUUUCCUUCCCAGAACAGCAACACACACACACACACACACACACACACACACACACACACAGUUGACAUAAGCGACAGCAUGCCGACCAGAUACCACUGAAAACCAUCCUAUUCUUGAAAGGUUUUCCAGCCACUGUUCAUUUCAUUUAAAAGAAUGAGGAUUUAAAUGUUCCUCAACUUUUUUUUCAUGACAAAGACCAGCUAAAACUCUAAUUUAAAUUUUAAAAAACUUUUUUUUUUUCUUUAAAAAAUUUAAAAGAUAUUUCCCCCACUGUGUCUAUUCUAUCCCAUAAACAGAUAUAAUGCAUUGCUUUAGCAGGCUGAGUUAGUUUGGAGGUGCAAGAGUUACAAAUCCUCACUGUUUGCUGUCCCAAAGUGGGUCACGAUGGACUUCAUUUGGUUUAGCUAAAGAGUAUUGUCAAGAAUGUGGCCUAGAUUCUGGUUUAGAAGUAAAGCACAUGUUAAUGUAAAGUGCACCUUUGUUUGUUUAAAGGCUGAUAGAAAGUAGCUGCAGUUGCAGAACAAGUUAAAGUUGCUGUGAGGAGUUGAUUAUAAAACUGACAUAGAUUAAAAGUGACGUCUCUUUAAGAACUGCAAAAGCAAACAAUGUUCAUUUUUAUGUCUAAAACUGGCCCCCAGAGGACGAUGAUUCACUGCAUACUACAGAAACAGCCUGUUUUGAUAUCAAAUGCAUCAAAAGUUUUUGUAAUUGUGUCAUUUCAUUGUGAAUAAUAAAAGCAGAAUUGGGAUACUGCUAGCCUAGUAGUCUACAUUAAUGCUCCAGAGGUUAUGCCUCAAGCAGACAGCCUGGGUUUGAUUCUGGCAUGGCUUUUUCUCACCCUGUUUCUAACUCAGUUUACUGUCUCUGUUUUUCUUUUUUUUUGUGUGUGUUUUUUUUUUAUGAGACGAUUAAAACCUUAAAAAUAAUACUUAAAAAAUGCAGGAUGACACAGGUGUUUAGGGUGAGUACAGACCAACUUUAAGGAUCACUUUCAGCUCUUACUACAAACCAGUUAGUUACAAACUUAAACCACAAUGAUGAUAAUGAGGAUGAUAAGGACAGUCAACAGAAAGCCCACUCAGCAUCUUCGUCUGAAUCCUGCCACUAAACUGAACAGGUACAAGUAAGAUAAAGUAAGAUGAUAUCAUGACCAUGAAAGGAAUGAAACAACAAAUGAUACACUCAGGCAAAACACACAUUAUGGCUCCUACAGCUGCUUCUUUAUUGGUUUAUUUCUUAGAUUUUUUGAGAGGGACUGUAAACAUUGGCAUUGUUACAUCUAAUUAAAGUGCAAGCAAUGCAGCAAAUGUGUGAGAGCUUACAGUAAAGUGAACAUUGAAAAUAUUCAAGUUAGUGUUUAAAGAUUUGCCUGCAUGAAAAAAACUCUUGUACCCUGAGACUAUAGGAAGAAUAAAAACAUGCAUUUUUAAUCCUCAACAAGCUUUAAAUCUUUGAUUAUUGACAUAUUCACAGUCCAAGUGUUCCUUCCUCAUCUGUUCACUCAGUUUCACCGACAUGUUUUGUGCUCUCAUCUGGUAUCAAACAUUUCAUCCAGUUAUAUUCCAACUACAGUUGGAUAGGCCAAAAUUUUAUGCACCAAUCGAAAGCAGCUGUAUGAUUUUAUAACAUUUUUAUGACUCAGUGACUUUGUUCCCCCUCAGUGAUUAAAAAUCCUCUCUAGAAAACAGAUUUUUGAUUUCUGAUCAUCGUCUUCUGCUCCACAGGAACGCCUCUCAGCUGAAGCAGCUGCAGGAACAGAUCCUCUUGGAGCAGCAAGAAGCUACCGUCUGGCAACAGCAACAAGAACAAGAGCAGCCAAACCAGGAAGUCCCGCCUCCACCUCAGCAACCACCUCAGGAAGAGCUCCCACCUGCCCCCCCAUCUCCACCUCUCCCCCCUCCUCCCUCCUUCCAGGAGCUGGAGAGCAGCGCAACCAUGCAGGCCAGCACCUUCAACUACGCCCGGCCCAAGCAGUUCAUCGCCGCUCAGAGCCCAGGCGGCGGAUCGGGCUUCAUGACCCAGUCCUCAGGCUCCUCUGGGUCCAGCCUGUCCUCCCCCCUGUCUCCCCCCUCCUCACACAAGCCUUUCAGCAGGGUUGUCAUGCCCCCUUUCACCAAGGCUAACAGUGUGGAGUCUCCAAGCUCUCCAUCCUUCCCGCCUCCUCCUCCUCCCUUCCUCAGCCCCAGUAACCUGUCCUCGCCAUCAGGCCCCGCCCAAGACUUCCCUCCCCCUCCACCCCCUCCUCCUCCCCCUAUCAUGUCUCCAGCACACUCAGAUAUGUCAUCGCCCUUCUCCUCCGUCCCUCCUUCUCCUGCCUCCAGCUUUCUGUCCUCAGUGUUGCCCUCCACACCUCCCACACCUGGCAGUCCAAUAGUCAACGCUCUGGGCCUCCCUAAAGGCAACGGGACUGUGUGAGUAUCAAAAGUAUCAUGUAACUCAAAUUCAAAUCAGGGUUACCAACUUUAAGACAGUACAUGACAACCCUGUUAAUCCCCCUCUCUUUUAAAGCUGUGGAUGUGGGGUCCAUGAUUUCCGAAAAGAAAGUCACAUUUUGUUGGUCAGAUCCCUGCUAGCAAUUCUUGAUGAUUUUUGUCCAUGGUUUCCUCUUUGCACUGUUCAGGUUUAACCAACAUUUGUGGAUGUAGCAACAAACUGUUCACAGACAAUACUUUUUCAGAGUUAUUUUGAGCCUAUGCAGUGAUUUCCACAACAGAGUCAUAUCUGUUUAUAAUGCAGGGCCACAUUGAGGGCUCAAAGUUUAUAUUAAUCAUUGGUUUAGGGCCUUGUCUACUCAGUACAGAGAUUUUUCCAGAUUCUUGUUAUCUUUUGAUAAUAUUUUGUGCUGUAGAUAACGAAAUCCUUAAAGUGUGUGUUUAUUUGGUUAUGACAAUGCACAUUAAUUGACGUGUCAGCGAAAGCAUCAAUGUAAAUAUGUCGGAGUUAGCAUAAAUGCUAAUUUUAAUCUGUUGUCCGUUGUCUUUAGCAUGACACAACUUUUAUGAAGUUAUUGUGUCUCUAUCCUAACUGUUUUAAAGCUUGUUGCCCUUUAAAACAGGUAUAUAUCUUUCAAAAACACUUGAAACAUUUGAUUUGUUCUCUUAGCUCUAUCUCCGGUCAGAUACAUGCUAAGUUAGAAACCAUUAGCUUCUGUUUUUAUCAAUAUUUUACAAUGUAGCUCGGCUCAUAUGGAACUGAGGUUGCACAUAUGGAUCCGUCUUUAUAGUGUCUGUCAUGUUACAUAAAUUUUGUGAGUUUCUAAAGGUACACAGAGAGCCUCAGAGCUCCUGGUCAGAUAAACCUGCUGCCAGCUACAGGCAGGAUGUCUUCAGGAUGAAAGAUGACAUGUUUACAUUUUUACAGAGCAUGUUUACAGGAAAAAGGAGCACCUUAAAACACACACAUAAACCCACACACACAGGCACGAGUGUUGUCACGGUACAGGGGAUUUGACAGACAUAUGGCACCAAUAUGUACACACCAAUAUGGACCUGAGAGCAAAAGGUGUGUGAAGCAAGAUAAACAAUCAAGUUUCAUGAUCAUAGUUUAUGUAGAUACUGUGUGCAAAGGUGCUGGCUGUCAGAAUCCACCAGAGUUUUUCUUAAAGCUCACGUGGACUGAGCUUGGGUGGAAGGAUUUUUGGUACAGCUGAUAAAAAUCUCUUGUUGUGCAGAUAGUCCCCCUCUGAUGGCUGUCCUGGAGGGAGAAAUUGACUUUUUUCCCUCUGUAAAGGACAUUCCUCUCUCACCUCUUUGCCAGAAGUUUUUCACCAGCCCCUCUCUCUCUCUCUCUCUCACUCACUCCUGCUCUCCCCCUCUCACCCGGCAUUCCUGCUGCAGUUGUGAGAGAUAAGAAGACACGUUGAGGAAUGCUAUGGCUGGACAUGUCCAGAUAAGGGUGGAUAUUAGAGGGAGCCAGAGAGGAAAGAGGAGUAGAGAUAACAUGUUUGCGUCACAGGUCAGACACUUUAAUGCUGACAAAUGUUUCUGUUUUGUUCCUCUUGCAGUAAAGCCUUCCCCAAGAAGUCCUCGGUCACCAGGACUCCCCGCAUCGCAUCUGACUCUGACAUCCAGGGGUCCAAGGAUGCUGUCAUCCAGGACUUGGAGAGAAAGUUGCGCUUUAAGGAGGAGCGCAUGAGCAAUGGUCAACAGGUGUGUGUAUGUGUGUGUUUGUGUGUAAACUAGCCUUUUUCCAUCAUUAAAACAUUGAUGGAUUUUAGAGAAUGAGUGUUUUUAGUAACACCGAUUGAUGCCAAACUUUUCAUGAAACAGUUUAACUUCCAUCAAAGCUUCUUUAAACAAGCUUUUGUGCAACGCACGCUCAGAUAAAGUCAUAAUGUUUCCUUCAUGAAUACUGAAAUCACUUUAACACACAGCUCAGACAAAGAAAGUAGCUGACGGUGUGUAUAAGUGUGUGUUUUUGCAACUCACACACUAACCCUGGCUGACCCCAUUAAUCCCUGCUUCCAGAGGUUAACCUAUGAGGAGAAGAUGGCUCGCAGACUGCUGGGUGCUGACAACGCUGCCACAGUCUUAAACACACAGGACACAGAGGAGGAGCCGGUCACACAGGUAUGCUGGCUCUUUAUCAGGAUCAUCUGAGCACCUGAGAGGGAUAAAUCACAUAAACCCACCCUCCUGUUAUUUCUGCACAUAAAUCACUCGGUAGCAUGUAGACAAACACCCAUAUGCACCUUUCUAUUUUGUGCACUGAUGCUUUGCUGGUGUCAUUCCCAUCUCAUGACUUCUGGCUUUUCUUUAUGUUCUGUUUAUUGAAGCACAUCCCCACCCUCAGCCCCUGUAAACACUGUUGAAGACCGAGUUAUGAAAGCAGGGUAUAAACACUGCAAAGUCCUCCAGAGGCCUCCUUAAAAAGCUUUGUUUAUGCAAACUGGUCGAAAGUAGCGUCCCUGCAGACAUGUCAGGGAGUGUUUGAAGACGUGUGCAGCCAAUUUGUCUGAAUCUGCACCACAAGAAAGUUCUGUUUAGCACCUCCACCCAAUGUUUGUUUAUUCAUGAAUCAUCUGUAAUAUUGUAUGAAUAAUUUUACUGUAACUUUUACCAAGCCUCAUGGACAUAAAAAGAAAAUAUUUGACAUUCUAAGUAUUCAAACUAGUUUCAUUUGAAAUGUGGCUGUUAAAUCUUCCACAGUUGUAGAGAUUCAUCCUGAAAUUGGUUGUAAGCUUUAUAAAAUAAGACCUGUAGGCAUUUAUAGGAAAAAACUAAAAAAGUCUGUCAAAAUUUAUGAUAAGAAACAAGGAACAGACUCUGUUAAAAUAUUGUUAGCGAAUAUUUCAUCAAGUUAACCUUUUUAUUAAAUCAUUUAUAGAGUUAAUAGUUAACCACUUCUGGUUGAUCUUUAGAAUAAGAGCUCAGAUUUUUCUGCCAAGUAUAAAGACCUCAGUGUAAAGAUACUUUGCUUUACUUUUGUACAUCCUUUUGAUGCAUCAAUAGUCCUUCCUGUCUGUUUCAUAACCAAUCAUGGCCAGAAGCUUUAAUAUAUCAGCAAUCAGUAAAAUAAAACACUGACACAGAUAAUCAGGACAAUUCUGGAUACUAGCCUCCAAUAUUAGGCAAGGCUGAUUAUUGAUCACCCCCUGUGUGCAUACCACAAGAACAAGGAUAGCAGGACACAGACAGAAAACUGGAUCUGCAUGAUGCAUCUUCAUUCAUUCCAAGAAAGCGCAAACUUGUAAAAGCAGACUCAUGAUGGAUGUGAAAGAGAACAUCACAAGAACAAGUUUUGUCCACCUUGACAUUUGAAGUGCCAUCCCUGUGUGAUGUAGCCUGUUUGCAUUUGGACCACUGUGAUUGGUUGAGGCACUGCAGCACUGCAUGACUCUGAGCACAUUGCAAAUUAAUACAACAGGUGUGUAAGAGAUCAUUUAUGUCCUGCAUGUGCUUUAAGAUGCACACACACAGACACAGCACACUUUAAGUAAAUUUGUUUCCACCCAGUGACAACACAACAGUUUGCACAGUUAGUUCUCUAUCUUUGAAAAGAGGUGGUCCUCAUUUUUAACUGAUUUUGCUCUGAGAUUUGUUAGGCUUCAUAUCCAAACCUUCCAUACAUGUGCAAAAAUGUCCUGCUGGUACUUAGAUUUGCUCUACUUCUAUUUAAACUGUUACUCCUGCUCGUAGAUAUUUCAUGCAACAAACCCUUCAAACUUCCCCAGUUAGCACAAGCAGAGCAAACCUAAGUACAAGCAGGAACCGAUUGAGAAUAGAGAUACGUUUCUAGGGACAUGAAGUCAAUUUUUUUGCUCCUAAACUGAAUUUCUACUCCUCUUGCAGCACACAAACAAACUCCCUUUUCUUUCAACAGGCAUACAGGUCACCUGCAAGAGAAACAUUUCCUCAAAAGGUUUUAUUUUUUUCUUGGUGUCACCUUCUGCUUAGUUUUUCAUUCACUCUGUUGAAAACAUCACUUUGCUUUAGCAUGCACACAAACUUCAAAAGCUAGUAUGUGCUGGCCAGCACAGGGUUAGGCCUGGGAAUCAGCUGAUAAGGGAACAAAAGGCAGUCAUACGGGUUCACUGUGUGAUCCAUUCACAGGGAGGUGUGUCUGGUAAACACCGAAGAAUAGGCUGACAUUAACUGAGCAUGUGUUCGACUCUUGCACCCUUUGCAGUUUUUGUGUGUGUUGUAGUGAGUUUGAAUUGAUCCAAACACUGAAUCAAGCUUGAUUGUGUGCAAGCGUGUUUGAUUUUUCCACGAUUUCACUGUGUUCCCUCUUUGCUUUCAUCAUGCAACACAUGCUGCACUGUUUCUCUGCAUUAGAAAUUCAAGCAGCAGCAGAAAGGCUAACUGGAUAUAUUACUUUGUCCGGUUGCAAAAGGCAACUUGCUGCUGCAGCUGCCUGGGCACUGUAACAGGAUAAUCCCCCUGCAGAUCUAGCUGAGCCACUUCUGUGAUCGCUGACGUGCAGCAGAGUGAGUUUAGCAGGAUAAAUGCUGGUUGUGCAGCUGUGCCCAAGGCCUGUCAUUAUCUGUGUGAUGUGUCAUCAGACCACGAUGCUCCACAGAUGUUCCCUCUCUGCCUCAGCAGGGCUGCAGCGAUGAGAGAUUGAUGGAGUUGGUUUGGAAGGAGGAGGAGUGGCUCAUCUGGGCAGAGAAAAUUUGGAAAUUGGGAGAAAGUUGGUAGUUUGGGUGACAAUGACGACAGGUUAAUAUCUGUGUGAAAAAGAUCUAGCUGAGAGCAAACGAGGUUUACUGAUGGCUUUGUGCUCGCCCUAAAUGUGCUUCUCUUUGCCACAUGUUUACACAAAACUGGUGGGCUGUUUCUCUGAAUUGUUCACCCUCUUCUUUCUCUCUUUUUCUCUGGCAUGUAGGAAUACAAGGUUUCCAGCUUCGAGCAGCGCCUGAUCAGUGAGAUUGAAUUCCGUUUGGAGCGUUCUCCAGUGGAGGAAUCAGACGACGAUGUCCAGCACGAUGAAGACUCUGCUGGCCAGGGGGUGGCGCCAUCCUUUGACCAGAAGCUGAAGCACUACAAAGUAUUCGAGGGCAUGCCAGUCACUUUCUCCUGCAAAGUCCACGGAGACCCCAAACCAAAGGUGGGAGGUUAGACACUGCUGGUGAUCAUGCUUAAUAUGAGAUGAAAUAUUUAAGGGAUUCCUGAUGGCUCUGGAGUUGCUGAUGUGUGAGGUUGGUGAUGAAGGGAGCAGACGUCAAACAUAUGCUCUGUGUUGUGAUAAGGGAGGCCCUUUGCAUGCACACACAGUGGACUGGGCUGACUGCCUGGUUCUGUCCAUUUUAAUGACAUGGUGAUGACAGGCUGCAAAAUGAACCGAUGAAAUGUAUGGAAAGCAGAAAGACAAAAGCAGAGAGAAGAGCAAUAUAAGCUCUACAUUAGAAUGGUUAGAUGGUGCAUGACAUAUUUUUUACGUUUGACAGUCACUCUUUUCGAUCAUGACUUAUCUGAUAGUGUUUGGUCUUCAUUCCUGUAGGUGUACUGGUUUAAAGAUGGCAAGCAAAUCUCAAAGAGGAGUGAGCACUACAGGAUCAGCCGUGACGCCGAUGGGACCUGCUCUCUGCACACAGCUGCAGCCUCGCUGGAUGAUGACGGCAACUACACCAUCAUGGCAGGCAACCCCGAGGUGAGCAGACGGCGCAGAGCUCAGGAGAGAAAGUUGGCAGGAAAAAAAAAGUGCAGGAAAAACUCUGUGCAUGACUCAAGAAAUAAAACAAAGCAUGCACUAGGCCAUUAGUGAGAAAUUAUGAGUAUCGAGAUAAUGUCCCCAGUCUGAAGAGGAAGAGGGCGUUGAAUGAGACAGGAAAUCACUAAAGCCCUGAUGAGUGUCAAAAGUUCAUGUGCUACAGGCUUUCUUGUCGCCUUUUCAGCUCCAAGACUCACAAUUGAUUUCCUCUUCUCUGUCUGACUGCUGCUUGGAGUGUCAACACCUCAUAAGCUUCCUCUCUUCCUCUGCUCACAGGGCAGAGUGAGCUGCACCGGCAGGAUGAUGGUCCAGGCUGUGAACCAGCGAGGCAGAAGCCAGCGCUCCACACCUGGACAUAUGCGCAGGUGGGAUUCUGAUGACUGACAGGAGAGGGGGAGGAAAGACAAACAAGAGAUCUUGGUUGUUUUAAGUAAAACCUGAAGCUGCGGGCUGGCUUGCACAUGUGCAACUGUUCACCAUCUGCACUACUACUGCUCUCUCUCACUCACACAGGUUUCAAAUGGCAGCAUUUUGAUGUAAAAACCACCAAUGAGCAUCGAAAUCAAAUCAAAUCAAAUUUUAUUUAUAUAGUGCCAAUUCACAACAGUCAUUAUCCAAAGAAAAAGAGCAGGUCUAGACCACGCACAUCUAUUUACUCAAAUAUUUGCUGUGAGCUGAAGCGCAGUUUCCUCCUUUGUUCAAUGUUCUGCUCAAGAAAGACAGCUCAGCGUUAAUAAGAGGGAACACCUGUUUGCUCUGUUGCUCUAAUCACACUCACGAAACACCUGUAGUCUGUUAUCUCGAUGAAGACUCACUGAGCUCAGAGAUGUUUUGGGUGAGGCUGAGAUAAAAAUCUAUGUCUCCCACUCUGUUUCUCCUCUCUCUGGUUGACAUGCAGGAUAAGUGGUUAAGUCAUUGUAGUGGGACACGGUCACAGGAACACCAUCAGUUCCAAUGUGCUAUGAAGGGUCAAGAGAGAUGUAUAGAUUUAGAGACAAGAGAUAAUACAGGAAAUGUGCACUUCAUGUCUUUGAAAGAGGGAAGACGUGAUAGUUUAGAUGAUCUUGAAUUUUUCAUGCAGCACAUGUAACCUGUUGUACUGAUUUUUAUCAUAUUAUUUGGAAUAGGAUCAUGAGGUUAUAGAAUCAUCUUGUUUUGGAUUGCAGUUUUUGUGUUCUUAUUACACCAAGUCAAAGCCAAUUUACGUCAAUACUAAAAAUUAAGUCAGAACUGUAAUUUAAAUGUUAAAAUUUAAAAUUUGUCCAUAAAUAUUAUUAUUAUUAUGAUUCAGAGUUGCACCAUGCAUAUCUUUGAAAGGUUCCAAAAGUCAAAUUUUAACCUCAAACACUUUUUUUUUCUGCUUUUUCUACAGACCCAGAUCUAGAUCCAGAGACAGCGGGGAUGAGAACGAUAAUAUCCAGGAGCGUCACUUCCGCCCUCACUUCUUGCAGGCGCCAGGUGACCUCAUCGUUCAGGAAGGCCGAUUGUGCAGGAUGGACUGCAAGGUAAACACACACCUUUUUAUUUAUGAGUGUGCAACUUGUGCAGGGGUGAGUGAGAAACAUGUUGUGAUAAAAGCCUUUGUGGUGGCUGCUGCAGCUUCCAUAAAAAAAUAAAUAAGAGUGUUUUUGGGAAGAGACUGCUGAAGGUAGAUAAUCCCUUACUUAACCACUGCGGGGCAUUUUUUAAUCCAAAAUGGGCACGUGCAUUUAAAAAGAAUUGGGCAUCCUAAAAUAAAAUCCUAAAGUAAACAUGCGGAAAACUAAGGAAAAAAUUGCAACAUUAAAAGGUUAAGGUGUAAAACUUCACUGUGAAAGAAAGAUGCUGCAGUAAGAGAAGUUAAAAGAUAAGAGGCCAUAGCAAUGUUACUCAAUAAAUGUAAUGAAUCACUCUUUGACUUGAGUCGAAGGAUCAAAUUUAAGAUAUUAAGGUGAUUUCUGAAAACGAUGAUUUAGGGUGGGAGAAUGACUUGAAAUUGCUUGGGAGUAAAAGAGCAUGUCAAAAAGACAGAGCAUAUGAUCUUAAACAUGAGGAAUACAACAACUAAGGUAUUAUUCCCAAGACAUGAGGAUUAAUGGCGAUCAGCUCACAGCAGACUUGUGUUUUAAGUGCCUGUGCACCAGUUCUGCAGUUUCUGAUCCAUGCUGCCUCACUUUGAUAAAAGAGAUGUGGAGAUGGUUUUAGGAUUAAACUUGACAUAAACAGACAUGACUGGAAAAGAAAAAUGCCCGCACCAAAGAGAAAAUGUUAAUCAUAGUUAUAAAGAAAACCAUUUCAGAUCUGCCCUUUAAUCCAGUGUCUGAGUUUCUUUCUGGGAGGCUCCAUGUCUGCGCUGCCAAAGAAACAUUUCUCUUUACACGCAAUCCGGUUUCUUUAGGGAAUAAAAGAAAUGUUUCAUCACUUCCUUCCCCCUGUUAUGAAUGGUUUGAAGAGCACUGAGAGACUUCGGAGGUGUCAUCUUACAGGGAUUAAGUGGGAUCAAGUUUUUCUUCAAUCACACCCUCCUCCACCUCUUGCCUUAGUCUCUCUUUUCCCUCGCCUCAGUCACCUUGUCUUGCCUCCAGCUUGUUGAAGCCCUUUGAAAAAUAGUACAUGCAAUAAACUAAAACAGACCCACAAUUAACUAACUAUAAAAAGACUGCUUUCUUACGCUGGUCUGAAAUAACCCUAGUCUUUUAAUGUCAAGGAUAUUUAAAGCAGAUAUUUAUUUCCAGAUCAUUUGUGGUGCUUUGCAAACUUUCCAUUCUCCCAACUUCUUAAAAUGUACCUGGCGGCUUCUAAGAAUGCUUAUCACUGCUUUUUUGUGAUAAUUGUGAAUACUGUGGGUUAUCUGCACAUAUGCACGCCUAUAGUGACACUUUUUUCAGACAAGCAGCGUGGAGCAGGUGUUUGGUUACUCUGAAAGGAGAGAUUAUUAUUAUUUUUUUUUUUUUAAACAAUUUAUUUAUUGAAAUUUUCAAACAAAGUACAAUAUUAGAGAGUCAACACCAUUAACAUUAGGCAUUAAAUCCCUAUCCCCCACCCCAACCCCCACCCCCAAUGGACAAGAGUGGGGGGAAAAAAGAUAAUAGUAAUAAUUAUAAUUUAACAACAAAAAACAAAAUGAUGCUAAUAAAAUGAAAUAAUCAAUCAAGAUGAGGAAAAGAAUAAUAAAUAACACAAAAAUAACACAAAAAUAAAACAAAAUAAAUUAAACUGUAAUAACCCAUUCUUACAUCCAUAGGAAGUGCACAAUAGAGGUAAAACAAAACAAGAAGGUUGGUACAGGAAACAGAAAUAACAGCUGAAGACUUGGAAUAGAAGAGAUGAGUUUUUUUUAUGUUGCUCAGAGAACUUAAUUUCCAUUGCAAAGCAUGCUAGGCGACCCAGCUUAUGCAAAAAACCCAACACAGACAGAUAAUCCAAACACUGCUCUUUCCAUCCUCCCAGUAGAUUCACACACGCAGCCGAUAUUCUCAUUUCCUCCAACAAAAACAAGCUCUACAAAUAAGCAUCCACAUAUUGAGCUAAUUUUAACAUUUGCUGUGUUCUUUAGGUGAGCGGCCUGCCCACCCCUGACCUCAUCUGGCAGCUGAACGGACAGACUAUCCGCCCUGACUCCUCCCACAAGAUGCUAGUGAGGGAAAAUGGCGUGCACUCUUUGGUCAUUGAGCCUGUGACCAGCCGCGACGCAGGAAUUUACACCUGCAUUGCAAGCAACCGAGCCGGGCAGAACUCCUUCAACCUGGAGCUCAUUGUUGCAGGUAUGCAGAGACAAACAGCUGAGUGAAGGUGAUGUGUUUGCAUGUUUUGGACAAAGAUAAAUCCUCUGUAACACGUUAUCUCCACAGCCAAAGAGAUGCACAAGGCCCCUUCAUUUGUGGAGAAGCUGCAGAACACAAGCGUGGCUGAGGGUCAUCCUGUGCGACUGGAGUGUCGGGUCUCAGGAGUUCCCUACCCACAAAUCUUCUGGAAAAGAGAGAAUGAGUCAUUCACUCACAACACAGACAGAAUCAGGUAAAUACUGUACAGCAGACAUACAAAGAAACUUUGGAGUGUUGAGUGCCUGCUUAAACUACCAAAAAAAAAGGACUGCAGAGCCUCUAAUUUGUGUCAAAUUUUUCUCCCAGCAUGCACCAGGACAACUGUGGCUACCUGUGUAUGAUCAUUCAGCCAGCUAUGAAAGAAGACGCCGGCUGGUACACAGUUUCAGCCAAGAAUGACGCUGGUAUUGUCUCCAGCACUGCUCGCCUCGAUGUCCACAGUAAGUUUUCACUUUCGAAAAGGGAAAUCUAUGAGACAAAAUAUCCUGAAUAAAGCUAUUACAGGAUGUUAUUUUUCCUGAGGAAUGAACUGUGAGUCAUUUGAACUUUGACACAGCUCUGUUUAAUGGCCAAGAGAGUGUUUUAUGCACACAUGAAUCAGCAAAGCUUUCUAAAUACUCUGAAUAGUAUUCUUAAAUUUCAUUUGCUUACUCCUUAGAGUAGGUUGAGGUUUUUCAUUUUUCUCUCGUUUCUGUUUAGCUUUUUUCUUGCUGCAGAGAGCUGUAUUUUUGCAUGAGUCAUUGAACAAAGUGUUAGUCUUGUGUUCGCACAUUUUUGACCCCCCCCUCUGCUCUGUCCUCAGCUCAGUGGCAGCAGCCCAACCUCCCAAAGCCCAAGAAGGUGCGUCCCUCCACUAGCCGCUACGCUGCACUGACAGAGAGAGGCCUGGAUGUGAAGGCAGCCUUCUUCCCUGAGUCCAGCCCGCUGCCUGGUGGCCUGGUGGAAAGUGACGACCUGUGAGGACACAACAUGAGAAUUGCAACAUCAUCCAACAAAAAAAUAAAAAAAACCCUGACAGCUGCAUCUUGCUCCCAGCACUCCUGAGACAAAUGUAACCUCAACCAGCUCAGAACUUAAGAGUGGGAAGAGCGAGCCGGUGCAGCCGUGGUUUUUGUAUGUUUUUAUAGUCUGACACAACCCAUUAUAUUAAGGAACUCAUCAAGUUUUUUUUUUCCCCACAAGCUUCAUUUUAUCAACUGGACCUGGAAAAGUGUUGAUGGAGGAAAGACUGCUCAUACACACAAACUCUCAUGAGACUCUGUUUUGCAAAGGGUUGUCUUUUUAAGUGCCUUUCAUGUCUGUAAAGAUCUCAAGGAAAAGCAGGUUUAGAAAUAAAAUAUAGAAGUACUAUGCAUGUUUAAGUGGUGCCAUAAAAGCAUAUCUAAACGUAGCACCAACUCUAAAGGAGGCUGAAUGACUCAGAGCAUGGGGGCUUUGACGAAGGAGAUCACAGAAUCUGAGUUUAGUUUUCAUGGAUUAGCAGACAGUUAUGUGAAAAGGCCGGGCCUUACAUUAGGAUUUUAAGGAAAGGAAAUAAGGGUAUAGGGGAAGGAUGCUAACACUUGGAUGAGUUUUGUGGGAGCUGAAAGGAAAGAGGAGAUUCUGGUAUUUUUGAAUCUGGGCCUGAAUUUUAAACAUUUUGGUGUGAAAAAUACUAAAAUGAAAAAGUUUUAGGAUUGCUCCAGUGGAUUUUCAAUUUUGAGGGUGUAUUAUUUUGUAAUAAACUCAAACAAGGACACAAGAAACCCUGCUGAGGUGGCAAUUCCUAAUCCUUGCUCAUUAUAACUACUUAUUUACUGCCUUCGAUAGGAGUGAGAAAAUAGCUCUUUUCUGCUAACAAAGAGGUCUUUCUCUGCAGGAAGUCUUUCAGUAAUGUUUUUAAGACAUCAAAAACAGCAUUUAGAGACUGUAGGUGGGGAAAACAAGAACUUAACGUGGACAUAUAUUUGUCCUGAGGGGUUACUUUGCAGACGAUGCAGCCUGUUUGCUGGAUGAAGCAAUCUACUGGGGUAAAUCCUAGAGUUUUUUUUUUCCUGUCAGAAAUUUAAACCCCCCAAAAUGCACAACUCUUCCCAGUUUGAAAAAAUACCAAAAUACUUCUCCUGAGGAUGGUGGGUUAAACAGACACAGGAAAGAAAAGUGAUGAAGAAAUGCAGGUUUUUGAUAUGUGAGUGAUGGAGGGACGUGAGUGAGUGUAGCAGAGGUGAAGAGGACAGAUGGAUAACUUUGGUGACAUUGGUUCAUUUUUGCAAUUUUCUCUUUUGGAUGGUUUAUUUUCAAAGUGUGAAUCAAAACGUCCUCACCGAGAGAGAGGGUGCUGUGGAAGGUUUCAGUGUUCUUGUCACACAGACGUCACAGAUUGUCCAUUUUAUUUUUGUAUGAAACAAAAGACUCGACCAGCAACCUUGACAUAAAUUAUAACAGCAACCUCUUCUUCACAGGUUAAACCAUCUUCUCUGUAUUAUGGAUUUUUAUGAAUAUAUUCACAGCUUUAAAUCACCUGUAGGUUAAUGCAAACACAUUUCCUCUUGCAUGUUACUUUUGGACACUUGUACAGUGCCAAACAGGAUGUAUAAAACACAACUUUACUCUCCUUUAGCUGGUGGAAAGUUUUAAAAGGUAUAUUUAUAACUACAAUUUACAUGAUCUCUGUUCAACUUUACAAAAUGGACAUCUUUUCUGUCUUGCAUCAGCUGACAGUUUCUGUGUUUGCACAUUUCUAUGCCAAUCAAUGCCUGUAUAUGGAUUGUUCUCCUGAUAUUAUUUUAGGUUAUGAAAGUUAAUAAAACUCUACAGAGACAGCGUGAGGUGUUUUUACAGACUGGCCUCCUCCUCCUCCUCCUGAGCAAUGAUGCCAAAAAUCACAUUAUCAGUCUGAGUGAAAAUAGCCGUCUUAAAAAUCCUUUGGGAAGAGUGAAACAUACUGAACAUAAAGAGGAGAAAAAAGGAUAAAUUCUUCUUUUCUUGGUGGUAACAGCGAAGAGUAACAAACACGCAGCAUUUCUAAUCUCAUCCCUGAUCACUGACAGUCACCUCCAACCCCGUCUGUCCACGCCGCAGGUCCACAGCUGUGACCAGACACUCAAAACAUUCCCUGAGCUAAAAAUACCCCCCACCUCCACCACUACUAAUUUCAUCCAGCUGCAGCCCAGCACGCCGGCCCCACAACAGGCCCCUCCAGAGGUGGGCUCAGGGGGGCUGGCUGCAGAGGGGGAAAUGUGCUGUCAGUGAGAGGGGGUCUCUCAGGGGAGGUGGGAGGGAAAAACAUGCUUGGGCGCUUUGCAGUCAUGGAAAAAGACCAACUGAUCAAAUUUAGGGGCUUGGGACACAGAGGUCCGGACCGGGCCAGACACUCUGGAGUCAGCAGUGUUAGUCAUGAGUGACUGUCACACACACAUGGGCUGCUGUGGUGGGACAGUGACUCAGCAGAAUGACGGGCAGAUCAGGAGAAAGAUGCUCUGAAAGAAACUUUGUAGAGUUUGUUCGCUAUUUUAUUUCGCCGUAACAUUUCUUACCAAAAGAAAACAGAUAUUAGAUACUAGAUCCAACAUCAAACUUCAGGAGUUCACAGUAUAUUACUCUCAAUCCACACUAGGCCACAGACCCAACCAAGAGGCCUCUUUAAAGGGGCAUUUCUCUAUUUUUAAACCUGGGCUCCAUUUGCUCACAUUUUGGGGUCUAAAAACCACAGGUUUGAAAUGUUUGUGAAUUUGAAAUGGAAGUUUUUGGGGAACACAUAAAGUUCUUGUUUUUGCCAAGUAGAGUUGGACUAUAUUUUUACAACAUUACAAAGAAAGAAUACACGUCAAAAUGUACUAUUUGAUUAAAUUCUUGUUUUUAUUUAACCAGAAACAACACUGAUAUAUUGUGCUUCACAACUGCCAGAUUACAGUUACAUAUAUGGGAGUAAAUGGUCUCCCACCACCACUAUCAACUUGUUUUUUCAAGUCUCAGUGACUUCGGUUUAAUAUAUUUAGAACACAUCGUAACACAGAGAAUAAAAACUAGGAAACAUCUGUGGUAAUGGACAAGCAACUCCAGUAAUCUUCAACUUUAAGUUACUAACCCUGUCAGUGAAGUCUGGUGACUUUUGUAGCACUCGCUGCUCCAAAAAAAGGUACAGUCUGCAGUAUUUAUUGGCAGGUAACAGUUUUGUGAUGAAUGGAAUGUAAUAUUAACAAGUAUGUCCAAACUUGGGUUCAAUCUCCUAAAUAUAAAAGUCACUAAAACUUGUUUACAAGUUUAUAUCUUGUCGGCAGUGUGAAAUGUACCAUUUGGAAGAUGAAGAAGAGGGUGGUUGUUCUGUGUGCAGAGAACUUUGAAUUUACCUGCUAUAUAUAACAAAAUAUUACUAUUUCUCAAUGCUUUAGGACACCUUUGCAAACAAUGGUGAGAUUCUUUGUUCUGAGAUUGACUGACAGUCGAAGCCUUUCAGUACCAGAAAAAUGUCAGUCAGAAACAAGAAGCAGCCUCACCUCCAAAAACCAGUUCCAAAACUUUUGCACCUAUCAGUUAGUCAAGCACUUCCGGACCAUAUACAGUCUAUGAGCCAAACCCAUUCACCUGGUCUGGAACUGUUUGAUUUGUUUCAUUCUUCAGGGGGAAUUAAUCUGAUCAAUGCAGCAUGUGAUGAUUCUACCACCCUGAUGUAAACAAGCACUGAUGGUUGAAGGGCAGCUGCAGUUUGUUUUCAAAUAUCUGAUAACACUUUUAAGCAGUAAAUUCAGACACUAAGUCUGUAACGCUACAGAAGUAAAUGUCCAGUAAGUUUUAGGAAAGUUCUAAAUAUACACUUUAAGUCUUUGUUUUACUAUGGACUUGAGGUGAGAGUAAAGGCGUGGAUAAGAAAGUUGGAAAAUCCAGAGAUUUAGACUUGUGUUUUGUUGGUUUUUGUAUUUUGGGGGCUUGCUGACAAAAAAAUAAAUAAAAGUAAAACAGCAGACUGCUCCUUUUUCGACACCUCCCAUCACACAAAGAUGCUUUAAUUUAACUGCUGUUGUUGAUUUUAAUCGCUCCUUAUCUCACUUCUAUUAAAUUUAUCCACUGAAAGUCCAGAAAGGUCUCCGGUUUCCUCACACACUCUUAUUUCUUUAUAGGUGGCCAUUUGCGACCCGUGUUUGCUCCAGCAGCUGAGGCUGAGAGCUGUUUAUGUGAGUUUAAAUGCCUUCUAAAGGGGAAAAUCCCAAAUGGCCGCCAGAAAUUAACCAUAAUUCCUAAGAUGUGGUCUAAUUCUGAAAUUUUGGCUUAAUCUGCUAAUUAUAGAUUUUCAUUUAUUGUAAAUAGACCAAUAAUAAAGGAUUUGGCCAAAGCCACCCAAGAAAGAUGUGUAAAAUAUGUUUUAAAGACCUUUAAACGAGAAUAAAUUGGCUUGAAAUGUACUCUGAAAGACAUGACUUCACGCAUUAAUCCUUCUGUGAGUGAUACAUUGUUGAUGCCAGAUACAAAAUUGUUUUCCAAAAAACUUCUAGUAGGCCCUAUGAAUGAUUAUAUAUAGGUAAUAUAUUGUGGCAACUUUAUAUGACCAUAGAUCCAGCACUCAUAUACUGUAUAGGCACAACUUAUUUUUAGGCCGAGACAUGGCAGGUGACUAGUGGAAUCAAAGACACUUGCAUUACUGGAAAGAUACACCUGUGUUCUGUACGACAAGACAACUGACACUGAAAAUGUCAAUGACCUAAGGAAGGACCUGUUUGCGAAGAAAUCUCUGUCAAUGGAAAACAUUCCUCCGACACAGGCUGCAUUGCUACAGCAUGCACAUCGAGCAGUUUAUCAGUCUAGGAUUUGGUUCAAUAGCUUAAAAGCUAUCCAGUCUCUACCAUCUCCUGACAAAUUUCGAUGGACCAAAGUCAAUGAUUUGUGGAGACCGCUAUGGACACGAUUGCCAGAGGCUGCCAAAGUUUGCAGAGAACUCCUUAAGUGUGGCUGCAAAGCUGAGCCCCUCUGUUCUCGGAAGUGUUGGUGCCAGGAUGCUGGAUUACCUUGUACAGCAUUAUGCCAAUGUGCUGGUAAAUGUGAAUAGGACAUGUGAGUCGCUUGGCAAAAAGAUAAACAAUAAAAGACGAAAAGAGGGGAAAAAGACAAAACAACAGACAGACAGACAGUAGCAUGCCCACUCAGGAUGGAUGGAGAUGGGUGGAGAGAUGGAGAGAUAUGAUGACAGACAGACAGACAGACAUGAAGAUGGAUGGAUGGAUGGAUGGAUGGAUGGAUGGAUGAUGAAUGGAUGGAUCCAGCCUCAAUGGGACACAAUUCAGAUAGAUAGAUAGAUAGAUAGAUAGAUAGAUUAGUAGGUAGAUGGAUGGAUGGAUGGAUGAAUGAAUGCAGCCUCAAUGGGACACAAGCCAGUGUUCUACUUGUGCCGGUCCCAAGCCCGGGGAAAUGCAGAGGGUUGUAAUUCAAAUAGUUUUGUAUGCAUUUAUAGGGUUUUGAAAAAUAAUGCCUGCACCGUGAGCGUCAUCUCCCUUUCUUUCUGCCCCUUCAUUUGCAUCAUCUAUCAAUUUUAUCAAUUACUUACUCCCUGUUUCAGAUUAUUUUUGGCACCCUUUCUAGGAUGUUUAGGAUAACCCAAGGUACACAUGUGAGAAACGUUAUAGUUUUAUGAGAUUCUUUAGAUGACUUUUGAGUCAAUCAACAACACUGUAGGCCAUUUUCAAUUUAGUCAAUGACUCACUUCCUGUUUCAGAUUAUUUUGGGCACCCCUUCUAGGAUGUAUUAGGAUGACCGUAGGGACAUAUGUGCCAAAUAGUAUGCUUCUCUGAGAUUCAAUAGGCUAUUUGAAUCAAUCGGCAACAAUUUAGGCGGCCAUUUUGAAUUUCGUCAAUAAUCCACUUCCUGUUUUUGGCCACUAUAUCUAGGAUGUCUCAGGAUGACCCAAGGGUCAUGUGUGCCAAACUUCAUGAUUUUUUGACAUUCUUUAGGUGUUUUUUGAGUAAACUGUCACCUGUUUAGGCGGCCAUUUUGAAUUUUGUCAAUAACUCACUUCCUGUUUGACAUUUUUGGGGGCACCCCUUCUAGGAUGUUUUGGGAUGACCUAAGGGACAUACAUGCCAAAUUUCAUGCUUUUAUCCACCGUGUAACGAUUUUUGUGUGUCGUGAUUUCUUUAUGUUCUCAUUCAUUUUUUAUUCAUUUCUUUAGAGAGCUCACUUACAUACAGUAAAUCUGAUACCCCAGGGGAAAACUGACGGCUUGGUGCUUCAUCUACAUCAGAUAUGUAAGUCUUGAAGGCCGCACAUGCAACAGCUGAACACUAACAGUACAGUGUUGGAAAAAAGUUUGGAAUAUUUGUCAAUUCAACCCCAGCCUCGUGUUUAACGCGGUCUGCUGCUUUCUGGAGAAUUAUUCAAAGACUUUUUAAUGUUCCCUGGUCUCUGUGAUAUGUUUUUGAAAUUCACAUCAAACUAUUUUGUUUCUCAAAAAAAUUGUAGGGCGGACACCUCAUGAUUCACAAAAAGCCAUAGAAAUAACGCAUAAAAUCAUGAGUCGGUAUUUAAUAAAUAAACGGCUGUAAUUUUAAAUUGCCACAAAAUACGUGGACCAUCUUUGAAAGCAACAUCAAACAUAACAAGACGAUAACAACAAUACAGCCAGUACUUUGUGUGACCGCCUCUAGCAUUGUACAAUGCACGUACACGUUUGGGCAUGCUGGUCACUAGGUUGCUAAGAGUUUCAACCGGGAUUUCUCGCCAGCAUUGGAUCACAGUCUGAGUCAGUUCAGCCAUGUUUGUUGGAGGAUCAUUCACGUUACACGAAACACUGAAGAAAAUAUUCCAAACUUUUUUCCAACAUUGUAUAAGUGAAUAGAGAGCCGGACGAGAUGUUCCAUACAGUGGGCGUAGAUAUUGAUUACAUAUUGUACCAGAUAAAUACAAGCAUUUGUUUGUCUCAUUGCAUUGUAAAGUCUCUCAAAAUAAAAACAGACAGAAGACUGUGAAAUCUGCAUCGUCCAUAGAUGGACAUGUGAUCAUGAUUUCAACAGCCUCUGUUGUCCUGCUCACUCUGUCCCUCUGCUUUUCAGACACAAUUCUGCCUCCUCUCCCUGCCUGUUCUCCUCUCUUCACCUGUGGCUGCCUGAUGGUUUAAGUCACUGUGGCACAGAAUGUUGAAGAAACAGCACUUCAUUGUGAACUUUUUUUUCUUUCAGGACUGAAUUUUUGGUC